CAUUGGUGCUACUGUAGAUGCCAACAGACUACCAGCAAACACAAUGUUUGCAGGACUUCUACAACGAGGAUAAAGUGACAUAGUCCAGGACCCGAGGGAGGACAGUUUAGCGAUGGCGCUACAACACGCUACAGCAGGUCCGUUUGACAAGAAACACUUCUGUUACAGACACUUGUCUUACUUUGUUAAAGCGGUUUACCUGUCCAGCUGAAAGGUUACAGGGUCACCAAGAUCCCCAAGCGUCCCCCAUCGUUUAUGUUGACCCGGCUUUUUAGCUCUUGUCCGGUCUACCUCCGUUUUAAGCGCCCGUUAUUCCUCCAGAGUCUCCGGUAUUUACUUUGUUUUCUUGUUUGUGUUUUCCGAACUUUCUGGUUGGUUUCUACUGUCCGAUAUUGUAGCACGCUAACUUUGUUUGGGAUCCUGAACGACAGGGGGGAGCAGCGUCUGCCUCACAACCAAUCAGGUCGGGAGGCGGAGAGCGGCUUUGUUUACAGUCAGAAAUUUUAAAAUGUCGACUAAACAGACAUAACAAAACACAGAGAUAUCGUUAUCAAUAACUAAUAUCUAUUGACUGAUAUUAAAAGGUUUUUUGUAAAUACACCACAAAAAAGAAAAGAGGGGGUUACAGAGGGAGAUUCAAGGCUUCACACCUGAUGAUCGAUCCAGUAGCUCCAUGUUAGCUUCAUCAACAAGUGGCUCCAACAGUCUGCGUCUCUAAACGUCUACACAAUAAAAUAAAUCCACAGAUUUUAAGGAGAAACGAGUGAAAGUUUUCAGAGAAUCAGUUAAAGCAGCAGAGUGAAAUGAAUGUGUGUAAAAAGAGGAUAAAUGUGACCAAACAGGACGGAGCAUCUGCAGCAGGGAGCGCCGCGCUCGGCUAAUUAGCUAAUUAGCUCUGACUCUGUAUGCUAAUGAGUGUUUUCUAAUUUACAUGGAGGCGCGGCAGAUGGAAAAAUGUACAUAAUAUCAAAGCAUGUGUUAGGAAACUGUGUUUUAUACCCCGAGUGUGUGUGUGUGUGUGUGUGUGUGUGUGUGUGUGUGUGUGUGUGUGUGUGUGUGUGUGUGUGUGUGUGUGUGUCAGUGUGUGUCAGUGUGUGUGUGUGUGUGUGAGGGGAGGGGCUGGAUUAAUGCGAGCUAAUCAAUCAGACUGAAGAGUAGUGAACUACACACACAUAUACACACACACACACACACUUGAUGAGAGAAAUCAAUCAGUGCAGGAAGAUAGCCUGAGUGUGUGUGUGUGUCAGUGUGUGUGUUUCUUUCAUGUGUGUGUGUGUGUGUGAGAGUGUGUGUGUCUCUGCUGGCUGUGAUAAGUGGGUUAAGCUCCUCUGGGUUAAUUAGACUGUUUUAGAUGUGACUAAUUUGCUGGCUACGGGCACCACAGUAUGCUAAACACCCUGCAAGUGUGUGUGUGUUUGUAUUACUGUGUGUGUGUGUGUGUGUGUGUGUGUGUGUGUGUGUGUGUGUGUGUGUGUGUGUGUGUGUGUGUGUGUGUGAUUGUGCAUGGGCAGGGCAUCCUUCACAGCCGACACUCUGACAUGUGUAUAUAAGAUAAGUCAUUAUGAAGCUGUUGUCAAACAUUCAGCUCGUCUGCCUCUGAUUCCUGUUUGUUUUUUCAGAGUUUUUACUCGUUUCUGAGCAGAUUUAGAGUCUGACUUUAAAAUGCAGCGAGUUUUUUACAGACGGGAACAUCUAACAACAAUAAAUCGAUUUAAAUCAGUAGGUUAAAGGAAAAGUCUGCACUUUAUUGUCUUAAUUUCAGUGGAUGUUUUUGGUUUGGGUCUUUUUAAGUGGUUUAUUUAUUCUGGUCUUACGAGUAUUUUUAUACUUUCAGGACUCGACAGUGCGACUAUUUCACUCGCAUUUGUGACUAACAGUAGAUGUGUGCAAAUUGUAAAAUGUAUUUAGGGUCACAUAUGCGCACAAAAAAUGUUUUUUUUUUUAUGUAAAUACGGUGGUGAAGUUAGUUUUAGGUUGGAUAUCUGACAGACAUUCACUGAGGAUCUACCGGUGUCUUCUCACUCUCCAUAGCAGCGUGGUUAAAUUUACUCGACACCCUCACUGUCAACAUCGGUUUUGAAUAAGGGACCGUCAAUAAAUUACCGGUUGAUGUUCUGAAAAGGCUGUUUUCCUUCGAAGGCUUCCAUGUCAUGUGACCAAUUGACCUAAAAUUGAUUUCAAAUAAUAGUACUAAGGUCGGACGAUGAGACAUGUCUCUUUAUUUCAUUAAUUUGUCCUCAUUAGAUUUUUUGUGUUAAAUUUAAAGGCAAAUUUUGAACAUUUUCUUAGAUAGCUUCCAUGUCAUGUGACCAAAAGACCUCAAAUUGAUUUCAAAUAAUCGUACUUAUGUCAACCAAUAAGACAAACAUUAUUUGAUUAAUUUUCAUUUUGCCCUAAAGUUCUUUGUGCGCUCUUUACUUUUUCAACAUGUGAAAAACGUUAGUGUCAAUCCCUGACUUUUGUAGAUUUAUUGACAUAGUUUUAAUACUUUUCUGGACGAGUUUUGAUGAGCACAUCUGGGUCUGAUCCUGGAUCAGAUCCUGGGUCAUAUAUGUGUUAUUUGUUCCUGCUGUUUGGUGCAGGUCUAACUCCUCUGUGUCUGAGCGACUGUGACAGUUAUUAAGGUGCUGAUGCAGGUGUGGCCUCUGAUUGGUCAAAGCAGCAUAGGAACAACAUCUGAUUGGAGGAACAGAGCUUUGGUGAUAGUUUGUGUCAGGUGUUCUUGAUUUUUAGCUCGUAAACAGAAGGUUAAAUAAUACUGAGCAGUCUAAAUUUAACAUUAUAUUUCUCCCCUACAUCUUUGGACUCUUAAAUCCUACGUUUUCUCUGGUUCCUACCUGUUGAGUUGUUUUUUUUAGGGUCACACAAACAGAGAUUAAUCAUUUCUCCUUUUCCUCUUUUUCUCUGCUGGACAUGACGGCUGGUUUUCCUCCACAAAGGUAAGACUAAAAUCAUUUUUAACUCCACUUUUCUCCCUGUCUGUCUCCUUUCGUAUCAUCUCUGAGCUUUAGUUCUGUUUGACGUCUGACUCUGGAUUGACUGGGCGAUUACUGAUCAUGUUUCAGGUGUGACAGACUGAUUUUUAGUGGAACAUGCUGAACUUUUAAAAACCUGAGGUGCUCCAUCUUUUGCACCUUUUUGUUCGUCCUAAAAGUCGUUCAGAUUGAGGAUUAAUUUUGGAGAAUCAACACCAACGACAUGCCCACACAGAGGCGGCACAGAUUAGGAAUAUUCUUCAUAACGUGGCAAAGAUCUGACCGGUUUAUCGUCCGGCUUUCUCUUUUAAUCUCAUGUGAGAGGACUGCCGUGUGUGUCUCCUCAGCAACCUGUUAAACUAAAUGGGAAGUGACAGAUUCUCUCAAGGAUAAUGUGGCCAGUGAGGCUGAUAUUACCACACGCACACACACACACACACACACACACACACACACACACACUCAGAGAGAGAGAGAGAGCGUGGAUGAUCCAUUUCCAGGUCUGCAUAUUGAUCUGAGUCUCCUUUAUUUGAUCAAAUAGGACCCCUGUGUAAUUCAUCUGUGUGUGUGUGUGUGUGUGUGUGUGUGUGUGUGUGUGUGUGUGUGUGUCUGUGUCUGUGUGUUUGUUAGCUUGUAGCGUGGUGCAAAGCUAACGCGUUAAAGACGAUAAACUUACAAGCAAACACGGUGACUCACACUGACUCAGAGAGGAGCUGGAAUAAUGCAAUCUUUGCGUCUGCACAGUUUUAGUCGUUUGAAGGAGGCAGCAGGAAAGAGCAAAAUCUGAAAUCUGCAAAACUUUGGACCCUUCAGAGUCCCUAAACUCGAGGUUGAGUUAGUCCCACAUGUUGCUUCCUGCUCAGCCUCCUCUGUCUUCAUGUCACUUUGCUGCAGAGCUCCCUCCCUCUGUUGUGGAUUACUCAGUUUGGCAUGUGUUACAACAGAGAGUUCAGAGGCGGCUGUUCUGUUUGAUUGUGUCUGAUCGUGGACUGACCUCUUCCCAUCCUGUCCGAGUCUCUUUCUGUUUGUCUUUGACCGUGUCCCGCUCAGUCUGAGACGACCCGACUCUUUGUCUCUGGAUUUUUUCUUUCCACUACCAUGAAGAUCUGCAUGAAGAGUUUGCAUGCUGCAUGUCCUUUAAAAGAAAGAAGGAAAUCUGAAAUUCUGUAAAAUGCCAUGAUUGGCAGCUUUAUCGACCAAUGAGGUUCCUGUGGCACGGUGCAGGAUUAGCAGCAUUAAGGAACUCUCUGUUCCUCUGCAGCACAGAUCAUUUCAGUUUGUGGAGCAGGCGCCUCAUGUGGAGGAUGAGCUGUGAUUGUAAAUGCAUACAGAGAUUCACACAGAUCUGCAUGUUUACAUUUAACCAGGGUGACCAUACAUCCUCCUUUACCCAGACAUGUCCUCUUUUUUGGGGGCUGUCCGGCCUUGUCCGGGUGAGUUUAUAAAAUCUUUAAAUAUCCGGGGUUUUGUGUGGAAGUUUUGAGUUUGUGUCGCGUGGAUUUACUGAGUUAAAAGCGUGAAAAAAACACUCGACCCGACCUGAAAAACUCGUGCAACAAACUGGCUGUAAAUGCACAAUAAGUUAGUGCUCCUCAGAGGAUGUUUUGGCCUCACUUUGCAGAGCAGGUGGUGGUGAAGGCGUGGUCCAUCUGAGGGUGUCAUGUUGGAGGUUAUCAUCUUCAUCCUCCUUUUGUACAAAUUUAUUAAAUUUCACAAACAGUCAAGACGCUCUGCUGCAACGAUUCAAACUCCAGGUGCCGUUUCUCCAGCUCUUCAUCCUGUGUGUGUGUGUAUGUGUGUGUUUGUGCGCGCGCGUGUGUGAGACGCUGAUUGCAUGGGGGACUGUGGACUUAAUGAGAGCUAAUUGGAGCAGCCUGAUGUUGUUGUUGUUGUUGCUGCUGCUUGCUAACAUUGAUGACGAGCUCUAAUGAUGCUAAGCUAAUGACAUUAGCAUUGUAAAUGUGCCUCUUCAGCAAACAACAUCAGCGCAGAAAUCACGGCCAUAAUUAGUACAGUUAUUUUUAAUACGGUGGUGUUAUUUGGCCUAUUGGGCUUAAUGGAGUAACACAACACAGGCGUGCGUCUCUCUCACACACUCUCACUGAUUACUACUUCACUUAAGUUUGUAUUUUAUAUCAAAUAAGGGAGUUUAACAAUAAAAGGAUCGAAUUAUUAAGUUAAAUUGAUGCAAAAAUACAAUAAAACACACAUUUAACAGUAAAACAGCCACAGGAUUAAGAGGGUCUUUCCAAAGCGGUGCAGUUUGCAGCGAGUUGCAGGAUUUUACUUCUUUCACUCAAAAAGAAGUUUUUCAGAGUAAUUAUUAUUAUUUUUUUUUUAUUUAUUUAUUUAUUUAUUUUUUGGACUAAUUUUUUUCCUCUUCUCUGGGAUCAUGAUCAUUUAAAAACGAAGCGAACAUGGCCCGCUUGUUUACUUUAAUCAAGUUUUACUUUCUUUCGGGUUUGUGACUCUGGCAGAUCCUCCUUUCUUUAAGUCGGAUCAAUGGAAUCGUCAUAAGUUUGUAUCUCACUUAGUCAGGAAAAACAGAAUCCCGUUUAGACAAAAUGAAAUAACUCCGUACAAAAGCUGAAGAAUCAAAAAGACCAAAACGAAAAUUGUAUAGAUUCUUGCAGGAUUUAGAAAAAGAAAGACAAAAAAAGUAAGUACAAAAACAAAGGCCAGAAAAAAACAAAAAGACCCCAAAAAAUUUGUACAAAAAACAAAAAGACCAAAAAAUUUGUACAAAAUACAAAAAGACAAAAGAAAAUAGUAAAAAAAAAAAAAAAAAAACAGUCUGAAAAACAGAACAAAAUUAUGUCUAAAAAACAGAAAGAUGAAAAAAUUGCCUGAAAAACCGAGAGACGAAAAAAAGUAUGAAAAACAGAACAAAUAUUUUUGUCCGAAAAACAGAAAGACUAAAAAAAUAGUCUGAAAAGCUUAAAAAAACAAAAAAAAUAGUACGAAAAAAACUGAAUAAAAAUUUGACUGAAAAACAGAAAAAAAUUGUCCGGAAAACAGCAAAAAAAACUGUUCCCUUUUCUUUUUUUUUGUAAGUGGAUGCAAUAGGCUUCCAUAGUUCUGCAGAAUAAAAUCAACUAAAUGACUCAGAAUGAAGCUGCAAAGUUUGUAAGAACUUCAAACCUUGUUUUAGUUUUUUGUCUUUUUCGUGGUUAGUUUGUGUGAUUGCUUUAAGGACCUUUGUGCAGCACGUUAUCAAAACGCCACUGUAGGCUGUAUCUGUGUUUGUUUGACACUCUACUCUCCAACAUUUAACAUUGUGCUGCACUCUAUCAAACUCACACUCCACCUUCAGAAGAGUCCCAUCUUUAUUUGAUUGUGUGAAUUUGUUGCUCCCAGCUGCGGCUGAAAGUGGAGUUUGUACAGAUGAUCAUACCGGCGCAUAAACACACCGCAGACAGAUCUAGAGGUUGAUCCGAGCCAAUCCCAUCCAGCUGUGUUUGUUUAGCACCUUUCCUGCAGCCCGAAAAGCCUCACAUCGAACAAACAGGCAGAGAAACGACUGCAGCAGCGAUAGAUUAGAUAUAUCACUGAAACAAGAGAGGAGAUGAUUUACUUUGAAAUUAGAUUAAAUUAAUAAUGCACAUUAAUGCAUUUAGACUCUAUUUGAUGUACUUGGACAUGGCACCUGAUUUAACUUGUGAUAAAUGUUGAUUAAACUUACAGGAUCGACCUUUUUCUCGAAGUUUAAGUCAUUUUCUUUUACCUUUAGAGUUUGGUGCAGAUUUGUGCGUGCAGCUGCAGCAGGAACAGUCCAUCGUUCAUUAAAACACAUGUGCUCGUUUACAGAGAAAUGUUUUUUUUCCACUCAGACAUGCAGCCUUAUUUUCCAAAUCGAGCCGACCCCUGCUGUUUCCUCCAAACUCUUCUUCCCCUGCGAAGCAUUUCAGGAAAUGUUUUUAAAAAAUGCAAAAGGAAGCAGACGGGCCUGGACUGAAUUAUUUAAGAUUUGUCCAACUCCAGUGAAUCCUGAGCUCCAUGUUUUAAAAUGCACAAAGACUACAAGAGUCAAUUUGAGGAAGAUUUAAAGAAUAUAAAAAUGUUUUUCCUGCAGAGUGUGAGUGAAAGAGAAGCUGCUGGAAAAUUCUGCACAUUCCCAGAGUCUGUUUGAGGUUCUGUAUCCCAAAUUAUACGGUUUGUUUCCAAGACGACUUAUUUUAAAAAAGCAGGGAAACUUAUGUGCUCGUGUGUGUGUGUGUGUGCGUGUGUUCUUGUCCUGACAUGACAUGCAUUAUUUACAGCCUGCCUGCACUGCUCAGGAACCCUGUUAUUUUGCGUGGGUGUAAAAAGCGUGCACGCUGAGCGCAGAGCGGUACGUCCAUCACAGCUGUUGCGUAACGUUUUGAGUCCCGUGUGACUUUGGAGCUGCGGCUGUGCGGAGCGAAACACUGCUGCUCUCUGCCGCAACACAGAUCCUCCUCAUGUCUGCUGAGGCAUGUGGGCUAUGAGGAGCUGGAUCCUGCAUGUGUGUGUGUGUGUGAGUGUGUUUUUUAAAUCUGUCGUGUUGGAUCAGGACAGCAAAUUGUCAGAAAAAAAUCAGAUAAAAGUUGCUGCAAACCUCAAAAUCUUGAUGCUUUCAUAUUUAAAAGAUGAUUUUUAGAGUUUUCUGCAUCACUGUGACGUGUUUCCACCGUGUGCAAAUUAAGCUUAUCGCCCAGCCCUACUUAGCAAUAUAGAUUAUUUCUUUACCCUGAAUUGUAGUGCCUGUGUUCAGGUUGUUUUGUUAGUUAAGUUUUUAACCCCCAAGUGGUCCUUCCUGAACUGAUUUUUUUGUGAUUUAGCUGCAGUGAGUGAGUUUUCUGUCAGUUGAAAUAUAAGCAUAAAGAUGCAGACAUGUGUAAAAGCCAUAAGGAUAAGUAGAAACACAAGCGUGCUCGGGUUGGUCCUCAGGGGAAAUGUUUGGUUGUUGAAUUCUGACGCAUUCAAGGACAUCAGGAGUUUUCUUUUCAGUUGAAAUGAAAACAUAAAGAUGCAGACAUGUGUAAAAGCACAAAGAUAUCUUCUGUCGCCAGGUUGCAUGGCGUAGUGCUUUCCCCCAUCUUUGGCUCUCCUGCUGCACCAAAGCUCACUGAUACUUGAUUGGUCAGUUCCACUCUGACACUUUCCAUGCAGUGGAAAUAGGCACCCAAGAAUAGAUGCACCUAAAUUUGCAGGCAAAGACAAAUUCAUAAUCACUUAAAAUAGUCUCAGAGCUCGAGAGCUAACCAGAACGACCUAAUCCUGUUAAAUAAUGAGGGUCUGAAUGACAGACAGGAUCCAGAUGAAUCCACCUGUUCUACAAACACACCUGUAAGUGCUGGAGACCUGAUGAAUGUAAACACACAAACAUGUAUAUUCACAGGGACAAGCAUAUGCAUGUUGUAGACAAGACUGAGGGUUGGCAGUAUAAAGGCCACAGCACAAAACAACAACAACAACAUCCGCACACACAUAAACACGCACACAAACACACACACACUCCAGGGAGGGAAUAUCCCUCGUUUGCAUGCAAGAGCUGCUGCAGAGAGAAAAGCCUGUUUUUGUAGAUUAUGGAAAUGACUGCAUGGAGAUGAAGUCUCUGUUUGUGUGUGUGUGAUUGUGUGUGUGUAAGAGUGCGUGUGUGUUAAUGCAGACAAGCUGUGUUGUGUUGACAAAGCAGUUCCCGAUGAACUGAGUGUGGUUACACAGUCGAGAGCUGACUGAGAGCCAAAAUGUCAGCUUUAUUUGAGGGUGUGUUUUAUAUUAGCUCAGGAGUGUGUGUGUGUGCAUGUGUGUGUGCUUGUUCCUGCACAUAUUUUCCUUCUUGCUUGCAUAUAUGCCUUCACCCGUGUGUGUGUGUGUGUGUGUGUGUUUGCGUACUAAGACGAUUAAAGCAGUAGGUCAAGGUGAGGUAAUGUAAAAACAAAGAUACACACGCUGCGUCCAGUGUGUGCAUGUGUGUGUCAGUGUUAAUGAUUGUGUAGGUGUGUGCGUGUGUGUUUGUGUGAGUGUGUGUGUACUACAUGGAUUAUGUAUAAUGGAGAAAAAUGCAAAUCAUGCAAUUACAAGCCCCAAAGCCAAGUAUUAGAAUUAAUGCCUGCAGCAGAUGUGAUGGAAAUGAAGUAAAUUUCUGCAUAAAUUAGCAUACUGUACAGCAGGACAACCCCCACAACACACACACACACACACACACACAUGUGGACACAAACAAACAUGUGUACACACGCACACACAGGACUUGGCGCCUCUUUAUCACCUUUGUCACAUUUAAUUGUUGUGUUUUCGUAAUUAAUACGCCUUCGUUUUUCUGUGUGAACCAGGCGUCAACUUCUUCUUUUAUUAAAGUAAACAUCCUCAACAGCGCCUCCUACAGACCAGUCUGCUCAUUAACCCUAACCUAAUGUAAGAGUCUAAAUGUGAAUGGCAUAUUUGAGUGGUGAGGUGUUGCAAAAGCCUCUUGAUUUUGGAUUAACCUGAUUUCCAACCAAACCUCAUUUAAAAAACAAGCGAUUUAAAGUGAAGGCUGAGAACAGUAUUUCUAUUCAUUUCAUUAUCUUGUUUCUGAGUUAAAAACAACAACUACUAUUAAACAGUGUAUUGUUCGGCGCUAUCUAAAUUGUAUUAGCGUGCAAAAGAUCAUAGGAUGAGGGGGCCUGCAGAAGAUGCACCUGAUGCAGCCUCCAUGGUGUCAAAAAUGCAGGAUGCACUGCUUCGAUGCAGUCCUUGGAUUAGGACAGAGAUAAGGGGACUGAGAGACAAACUCAACUAUGUUUUUGCCACAUGGUCAACAGUAAGAAUGCAGCACAUCCCUACUGUUUCAUAUUUGCUCUUAAAUCUGUCUGUUUCUUCAUAUUUAUGAAGUUUGACAUCUUCAAAUCUCACGCAGAAGCUCCUUUUAAGAAGUCCACCAAGAGUUGAGGGAACUGAUGAGGUUUAGAGAUGAUUUUUGAAGACCCUGGAACAAAAACCUGCAAUAUCCAGGGUUUUUCUUCUUCAGAGGGGUAAUGUUUAUGAUUAUGAAUUUUAGAUAUCAAUUAUUUUGUCACAUUUGUUUGGAUUUUCUCAAAUAAUCAGUCCACGAAUGCUGCCAUGUGAACGUCUUUUUAUAAUCUGCUGUAUUUUCUGCAGAAGUACAAGUAUUUCUGUUCGGCACGAGUUAUUUUUACUCGUCCACAUUUUCUCUCUCGUAGAGUUUGGGUUUUUCUAUUUUUACUCCACUAUCCUAACACUCGCUCACAUGCAGCCACACACACAGAGUUGUGUUUUGGAUCCGUUUAAAGCGCUGGCAAAGCGAGAGGAAGCUCAUCUCCAUGUUGCCAUGGAAACGUAGAAGAGAAAAUGUUUGAUAUGUCCUUGGAUGUUUACAUGAAGCUGUCAGAGUGUGUGUGUGUGUGUGUGUGUGUGUGUGUCUGUGUGCGUGUGUGUGUGUGUGUGUGUAGAGUCGUAUUUGCAGUAGAUUCUCCGGUACGUUCCUGCUCAUCGUGUUAAAAGGAGAGAACAAGAGUCCUCAUUACAUUUGAGCUGUUUCUAUUCUGAGACUGCAGACGAGUUAAAAAAUGCUAAACUGAUUCUGUUCCUCUCUUUACAGAUAGAAGAGCUUUUUUUUACCAUUUUACAACACAUCUGAAAAACUACGACUAAAACAAGGUCCAAUCUUAACCUGGUUCCUCCGUCUGAUAAAGUUAAAGUCUGGAUUGUUCGCCUGAUUUUCCUGAAACGUUAAGAGUGAUUUUACCUUCACAGAUAUUCAAUGUUUACGAUAAGAAAGGACAGGUUUAGAGAGAGUUGACUCCAGUUGUUGCUAAAUGGAUCUGUCAGCAUGUAUUGGUCAUGUAUUGGUCAUCAUUCGUCAUUAUCUUAGGCUUAUGUUCAGGUUUUAAAAUCUUUGCAGUAUGGGCCAAACUUAAGCUGCAGAAAAGGAGAUCAGGGGAGAAAAUUCAGAGUCAGAGUCAGUGCUUAUAAUAAAACCGUGACUUGACGAUAAGAGGUCCUUGCCACACAGUUUAAAACAAAGGAUAGAUGAAGAGGAAGUAGCAGACCGCCAGCUAACUAGCUGUAGCAGCAGAGAUGAUUCAGCACUUUUAAAACUGACGGUUUAAAGUUUAUUGUGAGUUAAAAUCAAAGUUAAACAGAUUGAGUCUCUUCGAGUUACUAAUAAACCGAACAUUUAUCAUUUCUGAUGGUUUAACUGUUCUCUACCUUUCAAAAUAAAAGCACAACUUCUCCAGAGAAAUUCAGUCACAGAGCUGAUGAUGGACCAUAAUUUGAAUAUUUUGACAGCCUAGGGCUGGAUGACAUGGCCUCAAAUCAAAAUCAUGAUAUUUUGAGCAAUUCACCUCGAUAACGAUUUAUCACCCAGCCCUAUGACGUGUAAUUUAAAUGUGUUCAUUAGUAAAGUUAAUGAAGUAAAGUGCUGCUCCACUCUCAUACUGCUCAAUUUGACUGAUUAUUUCACUUUAUAAUAUCGUCAAGAUCAAAUAUCAUCAUCACGAUAAUUCGCAGAGGUGAAAAUCUGUUUUUAUACAUUAACUACGACUUCUUAAAGUUGUGCCUGUGCUCAGGUUAUUUUGUUAGUUAAGUUGUUAACUAACAAAAAACAGUUCAGUUGUUAGUAAAUUUUGUUAUCGCUAUAUUUUCAGUUUAUCACCCAGCCCUAUGACGUGUAAUUUAACUGUGUUUAUUAGUAAAGUUAAUGAAAUAAAGCGCUGCUCCACUCUUAUCCUGCUUUUCCUCAAUUUGACUGAUUAUUUUACUUUAUAAUAUCAUCAAGAUCAAUAUCAUCAUCACGAUAAUUCACAGAGGUGAAAAUCUGAAAAACUACAACUUUUUAAAGAGAGGGAGGUCACUUAAGAAAAGGCCUGAACUAAACUCUAAUAUAAUGUGUUUUUAUUCUUCUCGAAUUACAGCGAGCUCAGCGGUUUGUUUACCUGCAGCUGCCCAUCAGGCUGUUUAUCAAACUCACUCACACUCUGCAGGGUCUCGGGUUAAAGGAGUCGCAGUAAAUCUCAGGGAGGCUUUGCUCUUUCCUUCACACAGAGAAGUUAACUGUAAAUAAAACCAGUUGGAUUUUAAUUUCAUUGAACACACACACUCCCUCAGACACACACACACACACAUUCACAGAGAGACAGAGGGAAGAUAUCUGCGGAGUCUUAGGUUAAAAGGCGUACAAUAAAUCUCCAAGAAGCUUUGUUCUCUCUCUGAAAUGGAAAAGUUCGCGAUAAAUAAAACUGGAAUUAAAUUUCAAUCCGUACACACACUCGCUCAUUCAUACUCAAACAUGCAGACGGUGUGAUGCCCCUCAUAUUGUCUGUGUGACUGGAGAAUAAAUGAGAGAAGAGUUGAUGCACUGGGUAGGUGAGAAUCCUCAGAUAACCCCGGCAAACACACCUUUCUAUCUCACACACACACACACACACACAUUUAACACUGUCCAGAGAGAGCGUGUGGGUGUGUGUGUGUAUGUGUGUGUAUGUGUAUGCGGGGGAAGGGGGGCGUGUUCGGUCUCGUCUGCAUGGCGGGUUGUUGCAGUCAGCCAAGGUCACGUCACAGUUUUAUGGCAGGACUUUCUGUCAGAAAUCGGGUUUUUAACGAGGGAAAUGAACCUUGAAAACAAGCCGACGAGUUCUGGACGGACCGAGAGGAUUUAAAGAGAAACAUGUCGGACCGUAGGAAUGUUCCAGCAGCAUGUGUUUGAGGGCCGUAUGUCUGCACAGGUUCAAAACAAACCAGUUAAAACACACCUGGAAACAUGAAGUUUGAAAUGGUCCUUUUUGAAGGUCCUCCUGGUGACUUUGUAACAUUUGUAGCAACAUUCAUCUCUCGACGGGGUGUCUAACUCGGCGUUACGGCGUGUUUGACUUAAUUUUUAGCCGGAAUAUCCCUUUAAAGUCCCCCUGGUGUAGAAGACACGGUCUGUUUAGGGGGAAAAGGGUUGAAUUUUGUUCCUGCAUGAAGACUUUCAUCGUGUUCAGCAAUGUGCAAUUUUUAUGCCACCGUGAAGCUCUUCUGUUAUCACCUCCUGCACCUCCUGAAUAGAUGAACCUCAAGGGUCGUAACGUUUCUCAGACAGUCAGGUUUAAAUAACGAUGUUUGUUUGGUCCAUUUGUGUCUUUUGCAGAUUCAGAGGAAUUCAAACCUUUAUUUGAACUCUGGGGUCAAAGUUCAUAUUCAGACUGUCAUGAGCUGCUCAGACUCAUAAUGAUAGAGUAUAUCAGCACAACAGGCGUCUGAAGUAGCUCGCCGUAUGAUCCAGCAGAGGGCGCUCUUAUUGUAACCUGACCAAUCCAUUCAUCUGUGCAUCCAUGGUCAACCCUAGACUUCUUGCAUGAGGCUCAGAAAAACGUCAUUAAAUGUCAACAUACCCAAACAUUUGCACGACAUGUUCGAUAUUCAUUAGCAAUUUUCGAAAAACUUUGUGUCUUUUUAUGUUUUCUAUUAUUCUAAAUGUGCAGUUUGUUGACAUGUAUCCUCACAUCUCUGCAUGUUGAUUGAUAAAAUAACAACAUUUAGGAAUAUAAAGUCCACUUUAUGAAGAUAAACACAGCCUCUGGUUUAUCAAUGAUUCUAUUAUUCUGACUUUAAUUCCUUUAAGAUUAUGUCAAAUAUUGGUCUGUUUUUGGGGCCUUUUCUGCACCAAUUAAACGUGUGCAUUAGAAAUCAAACUCAACAAACUUGAUUGGCAUUCAGUAACUUAGUAAAAAUUUACCAAUAAGUUUAUUAACAUAUAUUGAUUUGGACCCCGUAGGAUUUUUUGAUGCCAGAGAGUCGUCGUCACGUGAGUUUAAAUCAUGCAGUAAAUGUUUCUGGGAGUAUUUCUGCACGGCUAUAAAUGCACAACUUGUUGAAUCAUAAAAUACUUGCAAAAUUUAACAUAAACAUGUUGCACGGCCAUAAAUUGUGCAAAAUAAACAAACAUAAAAAUUUAGUGAGUCUACGAGGUGAUCUGUCAAAACGUUUCACAGUUUAGUGUGUGAGAUACAAACACUUCAUCCCAAUGACAACAGCCAACAGAUGGCUCUAUAUCACUGCGCCCUCCUCUCUGAUUUCUCUCUCUCUCUCUCUCUCUCUCUCUCUCUCUCUCUGUUGGUUUUCUGUAUGUGCUGCUGUAAUGGCUUCAGUCUCUACAACGUGCAAACAUUGAUCCUGGCAACACAACAACAUCUGUGAACUAGUGUUAAACAGCAGGAAAAAAAAAAAAAAAAGGUGACAAACUCCCAUCCAACAAUAUUACAGAGCCAAACACACAAACACGAAACAGGAACAGGUCAGGAAACACACACGUGCCUUUGUUACACCUCACAUUAACACAACCAUUGAGCAUUUAAGUGGCCAAGUGUGAACGUGGCUGUGCUUUUCCACGAUUUUAAUACGCUCAGACAGAAAUAGUAGCAGCUCAGGAGACGACGAAGAAAUGUAAAUAAAGCAAUCUGUUAUCCUCAUUAAUUCACAGAGUAGGCGGAAACCACCGUCUAUAUAAUAUCUUAAUCUGGAUAGGAGGAAGUUCUGUAUCAGGGAUUUCUUCUUGUGCUGAAGUCUGAGUGUCGGUGUCGUCUCAGCAGACAGUGAUGGAUGUGCAGAGAGCAGAGCGCAUGAUUGCAGAGGAGAAUCUGAUCAGCAGCUCCUCAGGCAGGUUCAAUCUCACGGGCCGGUGUGUAGGAGAGCACGUCUCCCAGCAAGUUUGGGAGAUUCUGUCUUUGUUGGACACACUCUUAAUGUCAUUAGAGAUAACGGAUCGCAGUAACCCGGAUUUCUCUGCGGCUGUUACAGAGAUGGUGAUUAUGAAGGGGGUGAGAGUGGAUCUGCAUGCCUGGAGCUCAGACAACAAACUCUGGUGUGAAAUGAAGUGUCGGACUGCAGUUCUUUAAACAGCCUCUUAAGAAAGGCCUCAGUCCUUACCUGCUAAAACUGGAUAUUUAUUAGACAGUAAAAAGCUAAAGACAAAGGUUACAGUUAGCAUUGUUGAUGUAUAAAGGUGGGAAAGAUACAGUGACUUUUCUUAAGAUUCAACGCAAUACAAUGCCAUGUGAUAUAUCAGAUACAAUUCAGUACAAUAUGAUAUAAUACAAUGCUAAGAGCUAAAAGCUGCACCUGAUGUCCAAGCAGUUUGACCGAUCAAUGCUAACAGCUGAUUAUAUUGAUUAUAGGGGUGGGAAACACUGACAUGUUAUGAUACAAUAUGAAACAAUUUAAUACAACACCAUAUGAUACAAUACAUAAUGUGAUACAAUAGGAUUCUAUAGGAUACAAUACAAUAUGAUACAAUUUGAUGCCAUACCAUACCAUAUGAUGUAAUACAAUACACCUGAUACAAUAAGAGAAAAUACAAUACGAUGCAAUGUGAUAUGAUACGAUGUAAUUCGACACCAUAUGAAACAAUACCAUACAAUACACAAUGUGAUACAAUACACAAUGGGAUUUAGUAGCAUACAGUACAAUAAUAUACAGUAUGAUACAAUGUUAUGUAAUGAAUUGGAAUGCGUGAUGAUACCAUACCAUAUGUAAUAUGAUAUACCAGAUACAAAAGGAUACAAUAUAAUACGAUAUGAUACAAUGUGAAGCAAAACACAAUAUGAUACAUUACAAUUGGAUAUGAUGCAUUGUGGUGCUUUUGUCACACUGCAAUACAAUAUAAUAGGAUACAAUAUAAUAUGAUGCAAUACAGUAAGAUACAAUCCAAUACAAUUCAAUAAUAUACAGUACUGUAAUAUUCAAUGCCGUUCAACACAGUAUGGUUCAAUAGAUACAAUACAAAACAUAAAAGACAAUAUGUAUGGUAUGAAAUUAUACUUUAUGGUAUGAAAUGAUGUGAUGUAGUAAAAUACAAUAUGACAAACUAAGAUACAGUACUGUAUGAUACUUCUGCCAUAGAGUCACUAUUGUAAGAAAACUAAUCGGUGCUAUACUGUUGUUUAUUUCUCGGCCUCGAACCUUUGAUGGAUGUUUUCCAGCCCUUCAUAUUUCUUGUCUGUAUUUGGCAGUCCUGUCUAAUAAAAGUAAAAAAUUCAACUUUAAAGAAGGAAAUCUGGGCAUGUAAGUUCACAAACUCAAGUAGCAUCUGUUUUAUAGUCACUGACCUCAGUUUUUGUCUGCGUGAUGUUUCCUAGUUUAUAUCUGAAGUAUUUUUUAUAAGCAGAUCCUUCAGAUAUGACCCUGUUGUUUGAGGAAAAACUUCAGUUUCUGGUCACAGAUUGAACAAGAAUAAAGCGUUGGUCCUUUUAAGGGGUGAGUGUUGUUGCUGACUCUAGUGUCGGUGCAGUAUAAGGCUCUCAUGGUGUCCAUUAUCAGGGUUUAAUGGACAGGGCUCAGAUAAUGUAUUCUCGGUCAGGUUUUAUCCCCGUCUUCAAACACUCAGCUCUUGAGAUGCUGCUCUCCAGGCUUUGAUUUAUGAUUUCUGCCAUGUGCAUGAAUGCCAGCCUAAAAUAUCUCAUCAUGGUGGUUGAAUCGCAAAUAUGUGAAGAAUUAUGAGCAGGAGGAGUCCAGAUGUGAGGGCCUAAAAGUGUUUUCUCUGCGGGUUUAUUAAAGUGAAAUAAAGACAGACUCUGAGUUCAUGAUGUACGAGCGAAAUCAGGUUUAAAUACUCUGUGAUGGAUAGUGAGGAAGAGCUGAAUGAAUGUGUGGCCUCAAGUGACCGGGAAGGACUGCCAGCUCUGUGUGUGUGAGUGUGUGUGAGAGUGUGUGUCUGUGUUCAUCGUGCCUCUGUGGUGUUGCUUCGGUCACACCCUGCCUCACAUCGCCCCAGACCAUCUGUCAACUACAUGACCAGGACACACGCACACACUCUCUCUCUCACACACACACACAAAAACACACAUCUGGCCAGAACUCGCCCUUCCACAUCCUGUCAGCCACUUUCUCUCUCCCUAUUCGUGUGUAUGUGUGCAUCCGGGCGAUCAAACAGUUAGAAGGCCACGGCCCCUCGGCAAACUAUUGAUCUGUAGAUGAUUCAGUGUGUGUGUGUUAAUGUAAGUGUGUGUUUGUGCUGUGAUUUACUGCGGACCACAACACAAAGACAGAGCCCGGGAUUAAAGGACAAGUCAGAUAGUGAUUUUGCCUACUGAUCAGAUUAAAGGGGGUGCUAAUAAGAGAAGGCUUCGAUUAAAGAAGCUGCAGUUCCUCAAGUGUCCACUAGAGGCUGAGUCAAAGUGAGUCAAUCCCCAUAGAGCCCCAUGUUAAACUGUCUGACUUCACAGCAGAAUUAAACAUGUUUACAGCCUGAGACAGAAAAACAAACAUGGUUUCUAUUAAUUAUUUUCUCCUGUCAUGACAGCUUUGUAAAAAUAAACUUUUGUUACUUUUAUUUUUUGUGUUGUUUUAGUGUGGAUCCUCAUAUCUGAGACAGUGUAUUGUGAAUACUACCAAAUUAAAAUCUCAUGACACACGCAGCAGUAGUGAACCUUUUUUUUUUAAUGUGUGUGUAUUUAAUUACAUGUAAGCUGCAUUUCAAGUUUUGUAUCUUAAAUAUCGUCACAGUUUGACAGCUUCUAGUUAAAAAGCUCUCCAGAAUAACCACAUCUGAAUCAGUCAGUGCUGACAUGAACAAAGAAAAACCUCUAAACUGAGUCGAUUUUCUGUUUUUUAAGUUAGUGAAAGUUGUAAUAUUUUUGUAAACAGGUUUCCAACAGGGACAGAAUCCUCACUUAGCAUGAUGCUAACAUAUUACAAUAGGAAAUCCUGUGGAUAAAAGGUGAAGCUAGCAGAAUUAGCAUUAGUCUUUUUUGGUAAGACUUUACAAUAACCAUAACAUAAAUGGUAAAUAGAUCAUUUAUAAAUGGUUAGCAGAUAGUUUAUUAAUGUUUAUAAUUAAUCAUUUAUAAAUAGUAUAUAGACCGUGAAUUGUAGUUUUACCGCUAACAUUAGUUUGUUAUUCCAGAUUGCUUUGAGUCGACCCCAUAUUAGUGAUUAGUGAUCCUGACUAUAUGACUAUAAGGGGUGGGAGAAAAAAUCGAUUCACAGAAGUAUCACAAUAUUUUGUUUUACAGUUUUUAAAUUAAUUUUCACAUUCAAGAACCGUUUUUGUUUUGUUUUUGUUUUUUUUUUCAAAUUUAAGAAUAAAUCCUAAAAUCUGACUUACAUGUGAUGUGAAUUUUUUGGGGGGAAUAUGGUUCCUGGAAAAGUCAGUAGUCAUUCAUAAUCAUUCAGCUGUUUCACUGGUGUUAAAAAUGCAAACUUAAAAUCGACAGUAUCGUAGAAUCACAAUUUUAAUCGAAUCACGCCAGCCCUGAUUACUAUGAUAUUAACAAAAAUCUGUGUGUUUUAUCGCGUCAUCUGGACGAGCUAGUUUUGCACUCAGCUAACUGUUAGCAUGUUAGCGUUUUUCAUACCUUGUUUAGUCUCUCUCUGCCUGUUUAUGGGAGCUAGGAUUCUCCAUGUGGAGAAAAUUGCCGGAUUAGUGUUACCUGUUAGUUUCUCCGCCGUUGGAAAGUGGGGCAAUCAAGUGGUUGUAAGCUCUUUGGCCAAUAAAUCAAUAACUCUGCUCAGCUGCUCACCAGUCCUCGGGUAACAGGGAGGUUAACUCCUCCAUUUAUCAGCUAAUGAAUUAGCCAACAACGCAGACUGUACGGCUUUACUAACUGGACGGUUGUUACCCUCUCACUCAUCCUCUCUCUCUGGACAGUCAACAAACCAAUACAGGACGCUAUGAUCACUCUGCAGUAUAUUUAUUUAUUUGUUGAGCUCGUCUCCUAAUUUCAGAUAUUUUAUUUUUAUUUUUAAAUGUAGUCUUUUAGUGAAAACAACGUCAGCCCAAAAAAAGGACGAGGGUCUGAGUGCAGAAGAGGAGAAGACGAAGACGAAGAGAGUGGUGAAAACAAUUUUGGGGAAUGCUGCUCUCAUUCACAGUGGCACCACCUCCUCCUCCUCCUCCUCCUCUUCCUCCUCCUUUUUCUCAUUCCCUCACUACACAUACACACACACACACAACACACAUGCACACGCACACACGCACACACACAAAGCCAUCCAUAAUAGAUGCUGGCUGUAGGCAGACUCUGGUGGGUUGGACUUUAUAGCGCAGCUGGAUGUGCAGGAGGACGGCAGAGGCAAGAUGGUAGAGCAGGUACUUCUGAGAAUACUCUCCUUUUCCUCCAUCUCUCCCUCUAUCUUCUCCUCUUCCUCUCCUCUCACUCUCUCGCUCCUCUCUGUUUGUGCUGUGACUGCAGAAGGCAGCAGGCUGCAUGCUCCUUUUCUGGUCUCUGUGUAUGUGUGUGUGUGUUUGUGUGUGUGUUUGUGUGUUUGUGUGUGUAUGCAGCAGAUUUGGACUGCAGGGCUGCAUGCUCUGUUUUUGUAGCUGUCGAUGUGUUCAUGCAUCUCUUUCUUUCUCCCUCUUUUGAGCCCUACGAGAGUCGAUGCAUUCACAGAUUGGAGAGAGGAGGAAAGAGAGGAGCUGCAGCUCUCUUUUGGAAAUGAAUCCCAGAAAUCCCGCGAGCUGGAAUCGGUUUGUUGUAUUUGUUCGUCGAUGAGAGCGAGAGCAGGAACAUGAAUGAUAUACAAUGAGAUUCAGAUGUCUGUGAAACAAUAGGUGGGAAUUGUUGUCAAGUCUUUCAGCAGAGCUCGGAUGUAAAUGGGGUCGUACUGCUGGAAUCAGUCUCCUGGUCCUGCUGGUAAUGAGGGAAUCCCUUCAUAGGAGGACUCCACUGUAAAAAUGGAGGAGAGAAUAUCAGCAACUUUAGCUGCAGCUGAGAGAGGAGGAGUGAAAACAUGCAGAGAAUUCAUUUUUCAUUUAUUUACGUAAAGACCAGACUGAAGAUUUUUAAAAACAACAGGCUGAACUUCAUGAGUUAGAGGGUAGUUCAGCCAUUUUCUCCACAAACUCACGUUAAAGUCCACAGAUCAGCCUCGCUCUCUCGCAGAUGUUGCGCACAGCUGGAGGUUAUCUGUCUGAGACACGUUCUCGCUCUCUGGAAAUGUUCUGUUUGGUUUAGACGAGGGGUGGGGAACGUAGAGGAACAUGUUCGGGAACAUUUCUGCAGAAGAGUAAAAAAGCAGGCGACUGACCCUGCACCUACUUAGCGACGGGUUCAAGUCCCUGACAGUUACACACACACCUGCUGACCUGACCUCGCUCUGAGGGGCGGGCCGAGUACGGUCAGUUUACAUCCAGGGUGAAUGGACUCGGACGUUCGUGGUCUUUCAGUCACUUCCUGUAGCAGGAGUCUGAUCCUCUGGAGUUUGCAAAUAGCUGGAGCAGCGAUCAUUGGGGGGCCUGCGAAGUGUCAGGGAAUCAGUUCUUCACAGAGCUGCAGUGGUCAGAUGGUUCAUUAAAAAGUCCACAAACCAGGGGAGAGUUGGAGGUACAGGGCGGAUGAUAAGAGCCCGGACCAGAGUGGGGAACAGGCAUAUUUCCCUGGUGGUGUGGCGAUGGCAGCAGAGGUAAAUUGGUCAUCAGGGCUUCUUCAACAUUUCCUACAACAGAUUUUCUAAACAGGAGAGAGACGAAGAGUUCGAUAAAAACCAUGUGAGGGGACCCAGAAGAGAGCCCUGAGGGACUCCGGUCCUAAUGCAGCAAGGUCGAGAUGACAUUCUGGCUGUUAAAGAGACGGAUAAUUACUCUGGCUUCUUGAGUCACGAUAACAGGAAACUAGUUGAUGUAUUUUUUUUAUCUGUUUGUUAUUCUGGAGGAAGUAAAAGAGUUUUUUUUAAUCUACCAAAACAUGAAUUCACUUCUUUUACCCUCACACAGUCCAGUUUGUCGCAGUAACGCAGCCAUAAGCCUGUUUGCCGACUGUCACAAUACAACAAAAGUACAAAGAAAAAUCCACUUCUCUUUUGUCACAGCUGACAGUAAGAACCGUCCGUUCAAAAGAAGUCGGCGUGUUGUUAAUAAAUGACUGGAACUCAAAAAUGCAUCAGUGUUUUUUUAUGAUAACAAGCUGAUAUUUGCACAGAGGUAUAAGACGUCGAUUUGAGAUAUCUGGAUUCUCAGAGGAGCUGAAAACAAAGGAUGAGAGUUUGAGUUUCACACGGGGGAUAAAAAAGAGAGAGGCGUUUUAUUCUGAAAGAGUCGAGCUCCUACUGUCUUUCUGUGCGCAGGAUUUUAAUUGUAUUCCCUCGGUCGCCUGUGAGUGUGUAUUUCUGCGUGUGUAUAUGUGUGCAGCGCUCUGCCACGUGAAGCAUAUUUCAGCCCUCUAAAUGUGGUUCUCAUUACACAGCAGAGCAUUUAGCCAACACUCACUGUUUCUCCCUCUCUGACUCUCUCUCUCUCUCUCUCUCUCAGCAGUAACCUCUAACACACACACACACAUCCACGUAGACUCACACAGUGUUUCGACCACGUUCACUUUCUCCCCUCAAUGUUUCCACUGAGUGUGUUUUUUGUUUUUGUGAAUGGUAGCUAAAACCGAGUCUCUCAAACAUGCAGCCGUCGCUGAGAUGAUUUCUCUUGUGCAGUUUUUCUCAGAUACUUUAUCGUCUGUGUUUGUGGUUUUUGGUUUUCGCACAAAUGUCUUUCCUACUGUGUGUCAAUGUGCUGCUUGUCAACAAACACUGAACAUCCUGCGUGAAGCGGAGGGAUGCUGCUGGUUUCACACAGUCACACUCUUACACUGACGCCUCUUCAUGACCUACAUCAGGACUCAUAUGGACACCAUCUAUAAUUACAACUUCAGGGCCCUGUAUACUGGAUUUAAGGCCUGUGGUACAAAGAGAAUAGUCUUAGCAAUAGGGCUAGGUGAUAUGGCCUCAAAUCAAUAUCAUGAUAUAUUGAUCAGUUCACCUUCGAUAAUGAUAAAUGGACGAUAACUCCUCCACAAGCUGCUCACCCCCUCCCACAUUAACUUCGUCUACUUCAGUCGUCGGUUAUUGUCGUAAAUUUCUGUAUUGGUUUAUUUUCGGUUUAUCGGCCAGCCCUACUUAGCAAAACUGAUUAUUUCUUUACCCUGAAUUGCAGUGCCUGUGUUCAGGUUGUUUUAUAGUUACAGCAGGUAAAAGAGCAAAAAGACUUGAUUGCUGUUUGGUACGGUGGCCCUGAAGGUCAAUGGCACAAAUAUUUCUAGAAGUGGACAAAAAAAACUCGUACAUCACAAAUUAAAUUUUAGAAUGAGAUCAACAAUUUUGUGAUUUUUUUUGUUGCCUCCUUGAAAAUCUGACCCCUUGACCUUCAGGGACACCGUAGUCUGAGGGUAGAGAGUUCGUCUUGUUGCUACCCCAUCCAUCCCGGAAACCGGAUUUGUACUGCACAUGUGCGAAACAUACGUCACUUCCUCUCCUUGUAUUUCAAUGCAUUUUACGACAGUAAGUCGUUACUAUUGCUACCUACACAAUACGAUCCAUACUGAUCAAGUAUGUCGUCUUAAAAACUUUAUUUAAACUACUGAUCGAUUUCAGAAACCAGCUGGCGAUGUGACAGGCUAGCUAGCAGGAGGCUCCAGGGCUAAUGCCGAGGCAUUCGCCAGAGCUCCUGCCCAGUACGGUGAGACAUUUUGCCACAGACAGUGCCGCCACCCGGUCAAAAAUCAUGGUACUUGACUUUUCAAAGUAUCAAGGAGGGAUUCAUUUUGUUUAUUUUAUAAAUUAAAUUAAUUAACAAGAAACCUACACAUUAUGGCCAAUAAAGUUCAGUGUUUUUAUACAGCGUUUCAAUUCCAACAAUGAAAUAUUCACAUUUAUUCAAGCCUUUUAUAACUACGUGCAAUUCUACAAUUUAGCUGUAAUAGGAACCUUUAAUCAUGAAAAUGGGCGCCAUUCUCUUGACUUCCUGGCGCUCUGCUUUAGCCAGGUGACGCACUACGUUCAGGAGAGAAGAAAAGCGUGUAGCUGGUGGUCCAUUCUGACUGAAGCGAUUUCACUGAUGCUGAAACCGUCGUACAAGUGUCGAAGCUUUCGCAAACUGCGAGGGGCAAAGAAUCGCUGAGCCGUCGCAAAGAUGGUUAGGAGAGGAAGUGACAUAAGUUUAGAAAUCAGCUUCCCGGGUAUCGACAUGUCUGUUUACAUUAUUUAGACAUUUACUGUGACACUGCAUCACUCGUCUUGUGUUAACUCCAUGCUGACUCUAUCGUCCAAUCAGAGGCUGUCUCCAUGACUUUUUUUUAAACGAACUGUCUGACACUCAUCCAUGAGGUGUUUUUCUGCAGAAUGAGUGACACACGCUCAGUUUUUGUGUCUGCCUUUAUGGUCGUUUUGCUAUUUAUAGAUUCAUAUGACUUCGCUGCAGCCAACACGCUCUGACAAUCCAGGUUGUCCUAAAAAAACGUGUGUGUGUGUGUGUGUGUGUCACCUCAACCUUGUCAUGCAAAAUCAAGUUCUUUACAAGGAGAACUGAAAUAGGGAACAAUAGCUGAGAGCUGAGGGGGUUGAGUGAGGUGAUGGAGGGAAAAACGGUGAAAUAUCCCUUUAAAUGUUAAAUAUAACUCUGUCUGUCCUCACAGGGUAACCAGGACACACCGGCCCCCCCGGAUCCAUCCAUGGCCCAGGCUUACCCGUCAGCCCAGUUCGCCCCCCCUCCCCAGAACGGCAUCCCAGCUGAGUUCACAGCCUCACACCCUCACCCACAUCCACACUCCCACCCACACCCACACCAGCACCCGGCAGCCCCCCAGGACUACAGCGGGGUCCCAGCCUCUGUCAGCGAGCACCCCCUCAACAUGUACCAGUCCUCACAGAGCCACAGCGAGCCAGGGGGGUCCGAGUCAGGGGCGCAGACGGUCACCGGAACAGCCACAGUAAGGCAUCAUGGGAUUUAGAGUGAAAACAUGAAACGACACAGAGACUGAUUUAACCCUUUAACCCCCGCUCUCUGUAGAGAUCCAGUAUUUCACACAUUUAUUAGAUUUUACCUCCAGACAUGAAAUUAAAGCAUCACCACAGAGUCCCUCAGAUCGUAUAUCAGUGCGGUGAAAUCAUGUGAGGAAGUCUUCUCUGUGUUUCAGGAGCUUUUAUUUACACUAUAUUGGCCUUCGAGGUCUGCAGACUUCAAGAACUAAACUGGAUCAUUAUAAUCCUUUUAGGUCCAAGUCUGUAUCCUGAUUUUUUUAUGGUCUGAUUUAUUCUGAACUGAGAAAAAAAGUUCAAAUCAGUCAGAAAUUUUGACUUUAAUCCUAGAAUUUAAGAAGUAAAGUCAGAUUUUUGGAUUAAAUUCAUCAAAAAUCUGACAAACCUGUUCUCCUAAACUCCGUCUUUAAGCUCUUCAUCCCUCAGGACUGUUUGUGUCUCUACCUGGAAAAUGUUCCCUAUAAAAUAACUCCCUCCUUCGACUCUCAGUUCCCUAAUAUCCCCCUGACUGUGUAUUUGUUAAACCUGCGACUAUAAAAACAGACGUACAGUGUUAUUCUCGGUGAUAUCUGAUUAUCACCGCGACACUUUGGGCUCCCAGAAGACAAUCAGCAGAGAUCUCCGGGGCGUUUUCUGACUCACGCUUUCUAAUAGAAUUCCGACCAUUUUUAAUGCUGCAGCCUCCAAACUCCUGCUCCUCAUUUGUUCUCUGCUUUAUAACUCUGUUUGUUUUCAUAAAUAUGGAUGAAGCCACUGGCCUAAAGUGUCAUAAAGACGGGGGUUAUUUUGCAUAGUAAUAAUGUCUUCUCUCAGCACGGCGAAAAAAAAGAAAAAAAAAAAGGCUUUGUUUUCGUUUUCCUUCUCGGCUGGACUUGAAACUUAAUUCACACGAUAAAUAUUUAUCCGAGGCAAAGAUUGAGGCUGAGCGAGGAAAGAGCAGCACAACAACACGACGGUUUGACAAAACCCCGCUGACAGAAAUCCUCCUUUAUAACUCAGAGGAGGAGUAAAAUGUACCUACGCUCUGGUUACAUUUUUUGAAAACAAUAAAUGUUCAUAUGUGUUAAUAAGUUUUUAUCAAGACCAUCAGCGACAACUUUAAAACCUAAAAACUUCUGUAACGGGGCGCUCAGAAGAAUCAUCUACUCGCUUAGUUUGCGCGAAUCUAGAUGUGUGAAUGAAAAGUAUUUACUCGCUUCAUUUGCGCCGUUUAAUCUAAUUUCAACAGUAAUCCCUGCCAAUCCAACAGGCGGGAUCAAACGAUAGACAGAGGUCUUUAACAGUUUACCAGGUAAUCCGACCUCCUCACUCACUCACUUUUCUCCAGGCGAAUUGAAAGAAAAGAUAAUUGAAAGAAAAACACGAUCAGUUUGUCCUCCAUUUUAGAUACCCAUGAACAACCGUUCGUUUUCAUAUGUCACGCGGCAACUUUCAUGCUGAUUGGUCAUCUGAAAAUCCGCUCAAGUUGAGACAUUUUCAUCUCCCGCCCAAUUCGCGUCAUUCGCGCUGCCCAAGUAGUACGAGCGUCUAAUCGUUUUUGUAUUUCAUUCGCGCGAAUGAUUUUAUUCGUGCUCGGUGUGGCAGAGUUUAAAUGUUAAUUUAGCACCAAGAAAUUCUGUUAAAAUGUUUAAAUUGUUGUCAUGUGACGGUAAUCUAUCAAAAAUGAAAUUGACAAUUCUACAUCCAACAUAUUUUAAUGUAAUAUUUAAGGAUGUUUUUUUUAUUUUUGUCAUACCAGGAACAAAAUCAGAUUCUCAGCUCCCAGUUUAAGAAAAUCAAACAUGACUUUUACAGAAUUAAAGUCUGAGGAGAAAAAAAUAAGCUCUGUGCAACCUAACUUUUCUAACGUCCUCAUCUGGGUUGAUAAAAUCAGCAUUAAUGAAAAAAUCCGUCAGUGUUCUUUAAAUCACGAAAAAUCACUUAGGUUAAUUCAGUGAGUAUAUUGAGUUUACCAGUUUGGUUGUAAUUUAACAUUAAAAAUAUGCGAUUAAAGAUGUGAAUAAGGUUUCUAUACUAGAUUUAAUGUGGUGCUGAGAGUUCAGAGAAGACCUGACUGCACCUGAAAGCACCACAAACACAUCAACAACAACUGUUUCCAGAUCCCGCUCAGAGUUUGUUUUCAGCUGUUGAUAAAAUCUCGUCUCGUCUUUCUAACUUCCUUAAAAGCAGCUCGCUCAGUCACUCAGUCACUCAGUCAGUCAGACGGUUUCUCUGCUGCUGUUUUUAUUCUCGCAGAGGAAAGAAUGAGAGGGUGAAAGAAUGUUGGCAGUGAGCAGACGUCAUACUGUACAUCUGGAGGAAUCAUCAGUCCGUCUGCCGCUCUCCUCCCCCCUUCAUCACCCCCUAAACUCUCUCCUCUUUCAGCCACGUCUGCUCUGUCUGCCUGCUUCACUCGCUCUACCCAACGCCAAUUUAUAUCCGCAAAAUGUCAUUUACAGACUAAAAUGCUCCAUCAUGGAGGUGCUGGUUCAGAGCUGUGGAGAUGAUGAUCCUAAAACCCUGAAACGAGGAGCUUAAAGACUCCGAAUGAGUCCGUCAUUUACUUUAGAGAUGAAGUCAGCAGGAGGCGAGACCCUCAUCUUUGUUUCUGACUUAAAAACUCGUGACUUCUUCAAGUGGAUUCACAAAAGCCUGUGAAUAGAGCCGUAUCCAUAGCAACAGUGUGCUGCCUAGAAAUAACAGACUGAUGCUGCGGAAUAUUGGCCAAUCAGGAUCAAGUAUUAAACACAAUCAUACAGUUGAUUUAAGUGACAUAAAUGAGACGUGUUUGAGCUGUUAGCCGUCCAACUAAAAGUGAAAUUUAUCAAAUCUUUUACAAAUUUUAAACAAAACGAUUUUUACAAAGUUCGAUCUGUAAGACAUGUUUUCUUCCUGGUCGUCCUGGAUUGGAAAACCCGAACAGAAAUACCGAACAAGCUCUCACUUAAACCUUUAUAACGAGAAAAAAAUCAAAUAAAUUAAGAGUUUCAUCAUCUCUGAGAAACAGCUGUGAAAACAGUCCGAGCAUCACUUUCAUUACAGCGCCGUUACAAUAAAAACAGCUCACUGAGGCCAAGGGGGUCGGGUUUCUUUUAGUUCUCAAAACGCCGAACAUCGUCCUGCUCAUUCCUGUCCUCAGAUACAAACACAAUCAGACUCUAAGAUCGAUCUAAAGAUGUAUUUGUAGAUUUAAGGAUCAUUUAUUUAUGCAGCUUUUAUUAGAUUUGGGAGUUAAGAGUUCUUCCAUGGCAACAAUAUUCUUAUUUAAGUAAAAUUAGCUUUCUUUUAUGUUAUAAAUCACAUUAAACAAACUUUUUCCUUCAUGAAUUAGUCCAAAUAUUAUCAUUUAUAUAUGGGGGCAGAAAGUAAGAGGUAGAAAUGAACACUUUUUGAGUGUUACUUUGUGUCUGUUUUCUUCAAUUUGGUUGAUGUCCCGUUCUCUCAGCUCUUUUUAAACAGUUCUGCCCAUUUUUACGCUGUUUUCUUCUCCAUAUCUUCUUUCUAUGUUGUUGAAGGUCUACCAUAAAUCUGAAAUUUUGUUCUCUUGGAAAUAUUGUGGAUAUUUAGCAUCAGAUAAAACCUCCUCUUUUAAGUUAGUGACACAGAAAACUAAUUAAACCUGAGGAGGUCCAAACAUCCUCAGACUGACUUCACAUCUUUCUGCUCUUUCCCUGUCAGCCGUGUUAUUUUCUGAGUUUCAUUCGAACCCUGUAGGAAUGACCUCAUCUGGUCCGAGUGUUUAUAGAGCAACGUCAGCGUCCUCCCCCCUCGCUGUGAGCCCCGCGCUGAGCGCCAGCAGAGAGGGAGAGAGACGGAGGAAAACGAUUCUUACAAACUUCUAUCAAACUCACUUAAUUCAUGUUUGUAGAAAAGUGUCUUCAGACUCAGAGAGAGUAAACGGAUGAUGAGUGUGAGAAAACAACAAUUCAGGCUUUACUAGAAAAAAAAACAUCUCCUCCUGCUGCAGCUGCAGUUUCACCCCCAAUGCAGCGAUUAGACGUGGAAACAGCUGAUUACAUAUUAAAGCUCCACAAAUAAUGAACCCACUCAUGGUCCUCAGAGAAUAAACCUCAGCGAAACAGUUCAGAGAAAAGAAAUGUUGUUAUAGUCUGGAGGUUCAUGUAGUCUUUACAUAUAUUUGUACGUGUGUCCAUGUGAUCUUUGGCUUUGUCGCUGUUGACGUCGUCUUUUUCUUCAAAUUUAGUUCAGUCAGAAAAAUCACAUUUGAUCCUUUAAACUGUUUGUUACAACCGCAGCACAGUUACUGUAGAUAGGGGUGUCCCGAUACAGCUUUUUUACUUCUGAUAUGAUACCGAUAUUGUAGCCUUCAGUAUUUGCCGAUACUGAUAUUGAUCCGAUAUUGACACAAACUUGUGCAUGACAAGUUUUUCACUCCUACUCCUUCCCACUUUGUUAAUAUUUUAGUACACACUGUAGUAGUGAUCACGUGGGCUCUACAUGCUGGAUCCGGGCGCUGCUAGAUAAAGUGCGGAGUGGAGUCUGGAAUGGACUGAAUGUAUCUGAGAUUUUAGAUGCAUACAUAUAUAACCCUAUAUUAAAUUUUUUGCUGAUAUCAGACCGAAAUCCAACAUCAAUAUGGUUUCAGGACACCCCUAACUGUAGAUGCAGGGGUGACGGCGGGGCUGAAAUAGUGCAUGCAGGAGAAAUAACAGAAAAUUCUGCACCACCGCAUGGGGAUGAUUUUGUCAUGUGAUAAAGUACCAUGUGUUAAUAAACAGAGCAUGCUUCAUGCUUCUGCAUCAAACCUAAGCUGUAUUUGAAGGGGGUCCAUGUAGUCCUGGACCUGAACAGAGGCCUACAUGCAAAGUCCUUUCCUCACCUCCUCAAAUAUGUAAUUAAGCAUGUAAACGAUGCAGACAACAAGCCCAGUGAUCGGUCGACUUCUGGUACUGGCUGUGCUGGAUUUAUCAGCCUGAGUUGAAACGUAUCACUCUUAUAAACACGGAGGUAAUGUGUAGAGGAAUUGGCGAUAUGAUGAGCCUAGAUAUCUCACUGCUGACCGGCAUUUAGGUGGAGUAUUGUAGAGCGACACAAACGUUGCAACACGACAUAAGAGAUUUGUAUCACAAACAGAGGAAGCAUCCACUUCUAGGCUGACAUAAACCUGCAGAGACAGAGACAGAGAAAUACGCGCUCAUAUUUGGGGGAUUAAAUGUUCUUAAUUCCCAUCUUUCUUCCAGCAGACGUCUGUUCAUCACUCGAUCUGGUUCUGCCCGAGGUUUCUGCCUGUUGAAAUAACAGAAAGAAGCAGAGUCUCAAACCUGCUUGUUAUAAAGAGUUUCCUGAUUAAUCUUCAUAAACUGAAGCUUUCAGUGAAACAGUUUGAUUGGUUGGUUGAGUCAUGGGUUUGCAGCAGAUCGAAUUUGAAGACAAGAAGAAGAACAGUCUGUAGAAACACGAUGAUAGAAACAGAGAAGAUCUGUCGGAAAAGCAGAUGUUUUCAGAGACAUCAAACCUCCAUAACUGAUAAAGAGCGAGGGCGAGGACUCAGUCAGACUUCCUCUAACUCUGGCCUCACCCUCGGGGCUCUCUCCGUUUCAGCCCCUGUGCUGGCGGGGCCUAAAUGUAAGAAAUAUAUCAAGACGUUUGGCAGGAAAAUCUCAAGUCAAGUCGUGUUUGUCUUCUGACUCGGAGAGUUUCUCCUCUCCUCGGUAUCUGAACACGUUGUUCCAGAGAAAACACUUCCUUUGUUUAUCGGCCAGCCUCUGUUUUCUGCAGGUUAAAUUUUUAUCCUCUCUUUCGGAGCGCCUGAUGUUGGCCAUCGUCUCUGUUUGAUUUCUGCAGAGCGUCUGAAGCGGCUCCACGUUCAGACUCGCAUUCCUCCUCGUUCUGACGCCAAGAGCGGCGAGAUGAGCCGCUUUGUCUCUGCGUUUGUUUGUUUUACUUCUUUUCUGUGAGAGGAGGCGGCGGCGAGCUCCGCGCAGAUGGCGGCGUGCGUGCGUGCGUGUGUGUGUGUCUUUGUACACUGCUUUCCAUAUGCGGCGGUGUAUACCUAGGCGUUGCGGGGAAGACUUGCAGUAUGUUGGCCUUAUGCUGCUUCUUCUCAAACACACACACACAGAGGUUGUAUUUUUAGCUGGCUUGGAUCCCUCCUCGGUGUUUGAGGAACAGAAAGUGAAAACUCUGUUUCUGUUUCUGUGGUUUUAAUUUCAGAGUGCAGCAUGUGAGUUUUGGCAGCUCUCUUCAUCUCAGGUUAAGUGUCUUUUCAACCAAAGAGUGACGCAAACCCUCUUUCUGAAUAAAGUCACACAAACCGCAUGAAUAAUAAACGCCUCGCUGUCGUGUCGGAGAGGAAAAACAGCGGCGAACAUGUCUGCGUUUUUCGGACAGCGUGUUUCCUUUCCUGUUGCGCUGAAAUCUUAUAUGUUCUCCUCCCUUGUUGCUCUAUAAGAGGAUUAAUUAAUGAAGAAGAUUUGCAGCCGUAAACAAAGACAUACCAACAGUUUGUUUAACACACACUCUCUUGUGUUGUGAGAGGACACAGUGGAGUCCUCUCUUGUUUAACAGCCAUUGAUCUCACUCACACUGAGAGCUAAAGGACAAACACAGACUGCUGCUGGUACUCUGCGUCUCUGCGUGUGUGUGUGUGUGUAUGAGCAUCUAUUAUGUCUGUGCGUGUUUGCAUAAUUUAACCCUUUAGACUCCUUUUUCCAACCUCCUCGAUUCUAAUUCAUGCACCAGGAUUCGGUUCUGGGUCGUUUUUGUCGUCAUCAUUAGGACGGCUUUGGGGCACAAACGGCCUGUAGCCGCAGUCCUUGUCACAGCGGUCAUCAGAUCGACUUCCAGGCCACGACCCUUUGCCGCGUGUCCCCUCACGCUCUCCGCUGCCCACGUUUCCUGUCUCUCUUCAGCUGUCCUGUCUAAUAAAAGCAAAAAUGCCCAAAAACAAAACUUUGAAAAAAGUCAGACGGGUGAAAGAGAAACGGCAAAUGCAGGGAGGGAGAGCGGGAAUGGCGUGCACCAAGGACGGGAGGGCAGUUGAGUCGAUGGCACGCCCCCUGCUGUUCCAACCUCUUGGAUCUACCUUAAUGACCCUCUACUCUGCAUGUCCUCACACUCUCUCUUUACCUGCCUUGUCCAAAAAUACUUCAAAACAAUGAUACUAAAUAGAAAAACAUGCUGCAGCUCAUGCACAACAGCAACAAAAUCAUGCAACAGCUUUUUAGACCUGCAACAUAUCCGAGUUUUUGCACAACAGCUUGACCGUUGCCGUGCCAGUCUGGUCUGUAACCACGAGGUAAAGGUAUUUUUCAUUUUGUGGCAGCAGGAAGACUCUGCAGAGAUUUAGCUACGGUGCACCAAAAGGGACAAACAAGCAUACAGUUUGAAAGGGUAUAAAUGUUGGACUUUAGAUCUCCAGUAAACUCUCUAGUUUUCCUUCAUCGUUGCUGCUAGUUUCUUUUUCGUACGUCUUUUAUUUCUUCCUGUUUUUCCGUGUUUUCCAGCAGACAGAUGAUUCUGCACAGACAGACAGUCAGACAUCGUCACAGACUUUACCCGAAAGCACAGACAGCAAGACCCAGCCCAAGAGACUCCACGUCUCCAACAUCCCCUUCAGGUUCAGAGAUCCCGACCUCAGGCAAAUGUUCGGCGUAAGUACAACAACAUCGACCCUUCAGUGUUUGUGUUUGUGUUUGUGUGAGAGAGAAAUACAAAUACUUUCUCUUAAUGAGUAAAAAUCACCUUCACAUAAUUUUUUUGUUUCUUUGCAGCAAUUUGGCAAAAUCUUAGACGUGGAAAUCAUUUUUAACGAGCGCGGCUCAAAGGUAAGAGCUUCCUGACGUUAUAAUUGUAGUUUUAAUUCUUUAUUUUGGUUGUACCGUUCUCUCCCUCAGAAUUAUGUUUUUAAGGACACCUAAAAAAUGAUCUUUUGUCUUUCACUCUGUGGUAACUUUUAGUCAACAAACUUUUCUUGGAGUCAUUUCUCCCUGAAGAUUCUCGAGACACAUUUCCAACCAAAAAAAAACAAUUUUAAUUUCAUGAUUCAAGAACAUUCGCAGCACAAACUUCAAUUGUCCUUCAGCACCGAAAUUCUUCUCCACCAAAACUCAACCCAAGUCCGCUCAAAGUAAUCCUUGAUUAACUGGACGAACCAAGGACACUUUAUUGGGCUUUACAGGCUCAAUUUGAAUUUAGACGAAUGGUGACUGAUCAAGGGCGUGCGGAGGGACGGACUGAGAAAGGCCUGUUUUUAAAAGUUACCCACAUCAUGUUCCUCCCUUAAUGAUUGUUUUAUGAUUAAUGAGAGAAAAUAGGAUUCUGAUAUUGACGGAAAUGUCGCAGAUUGACGGUCAAAGUUAAUUGGCGCAUCUUUGUUGUGCGUUUCAUUAACAAACCCGAGAGUCACUCCUGAUCAAUACGGGUUUAUUAAAACGCCCUCUUUCCAACAACAUCCUUCUUCUACACUUGAGCUAAAGUCAUUAAGUCUCAUUCAAGCUUUCCUCCAAGAUUAUUUGCUGUUUUUUUUUUUUUUUUUUGCCCCUGUUAUCAUUAUAGUUAUUUUCCUUAUCGUUUAUGCCAUAAAGAAGUUAAUUUCCCUUUCAGUCUUUUGGUAGAUUUAAUAUGCUACAUUAUGACUUCAUCAGAAAAUCUAAUUGCCAUACCACCCUGCAAUAAGGGAACACUGCAGUACAUGAUUUAUGUCUAACUACAUUGUAUGCAAUUAAACCCCUGCUAUUAAAGCAGGCAUUUAUUAUUGAGGCAUGUUAUUAACCCUGGAGGCCUGAAUAUACUGAAGGAUGUAGGUGAUAAUUUGGAGAGUACAUUAAAAGGCUUCAAUUCCAGUCGCUAAAAUCUUUAUUUUCUCUGUUUCUUGACUUCCUCACUCACUUCAGUUAAUUCAUAUGAAAUCUGUGAAUGUUCAUUAAAACCUUUAUGGAGCGGCUAUUGUCCGAUCACGCCUGAGCAAACACAUCAUGAGACAAUAUAACACAAUUCAAUAUGAUAGGUUAUGGCACAUUAUGGUGCAGAAUGAUAGAAAAUAUCCAAAAGAAACUAUGAGAUAAAAAUAAAAAUGUUAUACUAUAUAUAAUUACACAUAAUGAUACUAUAUGAUACAACAGGUGAUUUAGAUCCGAUCUGAUUGGACCUACAGAACAAUUUAAGCUGAUAUAAUACGAUGUAAAUGAGUGUAAGAUGGUUUGUGACAGAAAGAAACAGAAUGAUAGUAUACUAGUCUAUUCAAGAUGAUUAAGAUGAUUGAUUACAAAUCUUACACUUAUAUAGUAAAAUAAAAUGACACACACUGAUUUGAUACAGCACAAUAACAUAUAUACUCAGGUGUAAAUAUGACUUAACCCCAAAAAAAUUCUAACAAAAGAUUUCUCAGCUGUUUUUUAUAGUAUUAGAUGUGCUUAAUACCAAACUAAAAGUUUACCAAAGUUUGACCAGUAGAAAGAUGUCAUUUUCAAGAUGGCGUCCAUGAUGGGUAGGAAACCCUAAAGGAUGUGAUAUGAUAUAUGAAGAUAUAUGAUACAAUACGCAAUAAUACAAUACUUUUUAGUAAGAUACAUUAUAUAUCCAUACAAGGUUGUAUGAGGUGAAACAAUAUCUUAAUGUAUUGUGUUUUGUGAUUCAAUACAAAGUGAUACAAUAUGAUAUUCAAUGAUUCAAUACUAUACAGAUAAAUACAUAAUGUAGAAAGUUGUAUGAGAUGGAACGAUACUAUACAAUAUGAUAUAAUAUGAUACAAACUGAUACAAAAUGAAACAACAUAUUAUGGUUUAUUAAUUAAUACAAUCCAAGCAGAUGUGAUUUGAUACAAUAUGUAACAAAUCCAUACAAGGUGAUAUGACAUGAUAUGAUGCAAUAGGACACAUAACUGUACAAUUUAAAACAACACAAUAAAAUAAGCUAUAAUACAGUAAGGUCAGAAAUUAUGCGAUUUAUUACGAAUCAAUGAAAACAUUUUAAUAUCACACUUUAUUUUACUUGUUUUUCAAUGGUAGAAAAAUUCUUUAUUACAGUUUCCACACUAAACCAGAAGUCCGACAAUACUUACAGAAAGUACAGAUCAAGUAUAAAUGUGUGAUCCCUCCAUGAAUUGCCCUAGAUCUGAUAUUUUAUUGGACAUUGUGUAACAAAGAGUGUGUCUUUAUGAGAAACAGAGUGUGAUAUUAUCAACUGUGUUCCUGUUGACCCAAGCUUUUGUUCCCUGAAAUGUCAAGUGUUAUCUUUAUGAAAUAACGUGCAUGUCCUCUCUCCGUCCUGCAUGCAGGGUUUUGGGUUCGUAACGUUCGAGCAUAGCGUGGACGCCGACAGGGCCAGAGAGAAAUUACAUGGCACCGUGGUAGAAGGCCGUAAAAUAGAGGUGCAUGUUCUUCAAUAUGUCUCCUCCCUGUCCUCUUCUGUCCUUUGUGUGUGUGUGUGUGCGUGUGUGUUCAUGUAUUUGUGCGUGUUUUUUGCGUGUGGAUAUUUGUCGAGCCACAUUCCACCUUGUCAUCUCGCAUCAAACUGUCAAGUCAUACAAGCAUCAUCAUUUCCCUUUCCUUGUGCUGUUUUAUUAACCCUAACACUAAUAUAUCUUUCCAUAAACCUACUCAGACAUUACUGUAUGUGAGAGACGUGUUUAUUUUGGGUUGAUUCAGUUUUUGUUCCUUUUUUCUGUUUUUACUUGAUUCAAAAAAAAAAAGGUUUAAAAGUGGAAAUCCUCUCAAAUCAGCAUUUCAGAUAUUUGUGUUGAGAAGUUUCACACUUUGAUUUGAGUUUGUCUCUGAAUGCUAAGAAGAAAGUUUCCCCCCUUGAUAAGUCCUCUUACCUUGGACUGUUUAAGGAGAGAGAAAUGCAAGGUUCACAUCUGACCAGGUUUAGUGCCAUGGGGGCACACAGAUGCUGUGCCGAGGAACUACAUGUGGACACCUCCAGUCUUGGAGCAUAAUUCUGACCUAACUUUGAAUGUGACAAGCUCCGAGUCUUCGAACCAUGAAACCGGUUUUAAAUCUGUAGGUAGAGUCCAUGAAACUGACGCUGAAACUGUCAGGAAGUUUUAAUCGAACCUCUCGUGGUUUUGUUUCCAUGUAGCCCUUCACACUAAGCAUAGACUCGUAGAACAGGGUUAGAUCCCUCCUCUUCCUCAGUGAAACAAAUCGGAUGUGGGUAAACCCGGUAUGCCGUCAUUAUUGCGCCAGCUACAACAGAUCUGGUGGGAAGUUUAAAAAUCUUUCACAGAGUAGUGGACUCGUGUUCAGCUCGAGGUAGACUCCAAAGGUCUGUCUGUUUUUGGUCCCUCCCACCAGCGCCGCUCUUCCAGACCUCCCUCCAUCUCCCCACCCACCUCUCCACACUUCUCUGACAUUCACACAAAGGCAACCGCAACUCCCCAUCCGCAUCCAGGUUGUCCUUGAGAAAUUAUGCAAAUAUAUUCGAAAUAAAAGGACGAAUUCAGAGAAUAUUUGUGCCUCAGAUGUACAGCACCUUAUGUGUUCGACAUCUGAAUCUGUGUUCCUCUUGUCCUUGCUUUCUUUUCUGAUUUCCCCGUUCACCUCAUGACACACCGGCUCCACGGCUGACCGUUCUUUACCCUCUACAGUCAGAACAGUUUAUUCCCUCUUUGGAUGUUAGUCUUAACUCUGAUCCCAGGCUGUUCGCACCUUUAUAACUCAUUUACAUACCACACACGACAGAUGAGAAGCUGUCAGAGGGAACAGAACACACAACAUAGAGGUUUGAUUAAAGGGACUUGCACGGACUGCAGGACAGGACGGGUCUUCCAAAAGUUCUCAAUCAACCCGAAACUGGAUGAUCCUAGAAACCAAAUUCUUUCUACUUGAGAUCAACCACAGGGAUCUCUCCAAGAUGAUGAAACCUUUCAAGGUUGCAGGUCAAAAACAGAUGAACAAACCCCCUUCAGAUGUCUAACCCGCAGCUUCCACCAUGUCUGGAACGGUGGCAAAAAGGUCGUAUCCGCUGAUCGCAGCUAAACGUUUCAAGUCAAGUUAAUGCGUCAAAUUCCACCGGCUUCUUUCUGUUCUGCUGACUUCGUAGCUGAUUGCCCGACAUCUAUUUUUUCUGGAUGCCACAUAAAUUCAGCACAGAUUAGCCCAUGCUGGGAAGGAAGUCGGCACAGACACAGAAUAAAACAUCUGGCAAACGUGGUCAGGGACAGACAAGUCAAAGGUUUUCAGACCUUAUUCCAUCCCGAUGAUACCAUGGAUGAGGAGAUGCUGAUUCUAGAAGUCUAGGGGUGGAUUUCCUCUUCUGGAAGGACACGAUCUACUAUGGUCGAUGAUUAUGUCAACGCAAUUCCCGCUGUCCGAAAUCUGCCAUGAAAUUUACCUCACAAACGCAUCUGGUUGGAAUCGGCCAAUGGCAAAUAUUACUGCCAUUCCUUAGCGGAGCUGUUCUAUGGAAAUUUGGUGUAGGCUUCUCACUCCCCUCCAUCCGUCCGUUCAUCCUCCUUCCCUUAUCAGGAUUAUAGUCAAAGUUGCAUUGAGGUAUUUUGACCAUCCCUCUUGAAGGCAUCAUUUUCUGGGGCUCAGAUGAUUCAUCUCAUCCCUCAGAGAAGUUGAUGGUCUAUCCCGGUAAAACCUCCCAUCAAGAGGUGACCUGAAACCUCCACAAAGAAAGAGGACGGCAAAUUUACCCCGAGGUCUAACUUCCCUGUACCUGAUCCGUCAAACAAGCUCUGUACCUGAGUCUGAUGUCCAAAGUAGAGACUGUAUGGUCACACAAGGUCUAACCCAAUCAGCCAGGUACUCCCUCAGAGCCCAAUUAAAAUGGCCUCUCUUUGGAAAUAUCCAUGAGGGCUUUUCCAGACGUCUAUUGAAGACCAGUGUUUCCACCUCCUCUAACUAUCUGGCAUUAGAAACUGAAAACUUUACCAUCCAACCGUAUCGCCAUGGAGUCCCAGUUUCCAAUUCCUCUGAGGCAUACCCAGGAAUUUCUAAACCGAAUCUCCUCUCACUGCUAAAUCAACAAAUCUCCGCCUCUCUUGUUUGCACGUUGGGAUUCAAUCAGGUUUUCUCAUUUUUUGGAUAUUUCUGCAGGACCAUAAGUCCUCGAAACCAUACCAUAAAGUUCUUGCCCUGUUUUUGCUAAAAACUCGAGUCUCUUUGAAUCAACUUUGACAAAAUUACCCCCUCUGUUCGACUGUAGUUGUCUUAGGUAUCUCAUCUAGUGUGGAGUCUGUACGUCUUUGGUGAGGUCAAAGAUACAAAGUUUGAGUGGACAUCUUAUCAAACCUCAGCUCCUCUCAAUCUCUGUCCAUUUGCAUGAUUUUAGACAUUUAUUAUAGUGCCAUUAAAGAUCAAUCAAAGCCGCCGCAGUUCUGGAGGACUCGAUUUGAGGGUCAGGAGAGUUAGAUGUUAUCUUCAGGGUGCAGAGAAAAUAGUCCGGAUGGGAGAAGACAGCCUGUCCUGAGAAACGGUCAGAGUUACGCUCCAAGACGUCAGCCAGCUGAUGUAUAGAGAGAGCUGAAAGAGAGAGUCUGUGCAGUGGAAUGAUUGCAAAGUUUUCUUUGCCACCUGAGUAAGAUGCUGCUUAUUCCUUUCUCAUCCCCUCCUCCCCCCAAUAUCCUUCCAACGGUAGCUUGUUUAGGGCCCCAUCCAACACAGUUACAACCGUAACAGUACACAAACAAGUGGGCGGGGCCUAAAGGUUUGGGAAUGGUAAGUGUGGGCGAGCAAGCCAUUCUGCCAGCAUUUCCUCUCUCUCCUUCUCUCUCUUUGGAACGUUUGCAACGCUGAAACUCACGUGACAUUUCUUUUUGAAUUGUGGUUGAGUUGAUGCUGUACAUGGACAUACAUAUUUUCUUGCGUGUUGGCGUGCGUGUCCAUUCACUAAGUGUUCUCCUGAAGCUGCGUGUGCGGGAUACUGACUAUGAUAUGAAUUCGUUUGCACAUCUAUCUAAGAUUGUUGGAAACCCAUUUCUUAAUUUGUUUUUUAUUUAUGAUUUGAAGACAAUGCACCCUUCUUUUGAUUCACCCUGAGAGCUACUUUUUGGAUUUGGAAUGACAUGAUUGGUUGAUUGACUGACUUGGUUGGUUUAUUUGAGUAUUUCUAUUUCAUUUUUUGAUCUUUUUUUUUAAUUAUCCUUGCGAUGAAUUCGAGAGGCUGUUGUCUGAGUGUGAAUGCCUUGUGUUGCUUUUGUCACAACAGUUCUUCUCACGUUUUUUAAGGUUGACUUGAUGUUGCAUAAUGCUCCCAACAUCUUCUCCCCUUCCCCAAUGACAUUUUCUUUGUUGUUUUUUCCUCCUUCUUCUCCUCCCCACCGCAUGUAUCUACACAUUUACAAAAACAUCACUUUGCCGAGUGCAUCUGUUGUUUCUUUUGUCUGUGCGUUAUUGAAAUGUCACAAUAAUUGGGGAGAGCAUGCCGUGAAAAAAAAAAAAAAAAAAAACUCAUAAGAUGGAAAAUAUGCAAAUGAGAAAGAAAACUGAUUUGUUUCGGAUGUGUUUUUAAGUGUUUCUGAAUGCAAUUUUGAAAACACACAAACAACAUGGAUGUUUGCCAUGAUACAGUGUACUGCUUUCUUUGUUUACAACCUGAGGAAACUAUGCAUGCAGACUUACUGUAACUAAUGAAGCGUCUCCUGCUAAAGCGUCACGAUCAUUACUCAUGCGUGUGUCUUUAUCUGCUGUAGGUCAACAAUGCAACAGCCCGAGUAAUGACAAAUAAGAAGACUGUCAACCCAUAUGCAAAUGGUAAGAUCAAGUCCAUGUCUGCAGGAGACUAUUGACAGAAAUAUGGAAUUAAAUGGAUUUAUUGAUGAACUUUGACAUGAAGAUCUGGGAUACAUAUCUGUAGAUCUACUUAGCCAUGCAUCACAUGUCUAACUGCAUGCACACUACAAAGCUCAGGGCUUAUGCAAAUUCCAGAUUUGCAGGAUGCAAACAAGAGACAUUGCAGAACUGUCGAGAAAACCCUGGUUGUCGUCUCUGAGAUGUCGCACAAUAAUGGUGAGCUGGCACAGCCUAAUGGGGCGCUCACACCAAGCGCGAGUAAAAUUAUCUACUCGCUUAAUUGGCGCGAAUCUAGACACGUGGAUCAAUAGUAUUUACUUGCUUCAUUCGUGCGUCAAAUCUGAAUAAAAUAAGUGGAUAGCCAUUUUUAGCCGUUUAUGCUAAUUUCAACAGUAAUCGCUGCCAAUUCAACUGGCAGGAUCAAGUGCGAGACAAAGGUUUUUUUACAACUAACCGGACCAACUGCAACAACUUUGUAAAUUUACUGUAAACUUUAAAACCUAAAAACACCAACACCAAGCGCAAGUAAAAUUAUCUACUCACUUAAUUCGUGCCAUUUCAUGAAUAUCUACUCAAGUUGAGACAUUUUUAGCUCCUACCGAAUUCCCAUCAUUCGCGCCACCAGAGUAGAACAAUGGUCUUAUCGCAUCUUUGCAUUGACUUAACAUGCCUUUCUUUUGCGCGAACGAUUUGAGUCGCACUUGGUAUGUGGAGGCAGUAACGAAGCUGAGGCAUCAGAAUCUCUGUAUUGUCAUUGUGUGACUUGAAGUCCAGUCAGCUUUCUAUUCCUGCAAAACUCGCCAACAAAGAAAUGAGCUUUUUGCUCCAAGGUGUAAUCCUGUUUAUAUUUACUGCACACAUUUAGCAUUUUACAACAGGUGUGUAUGUGACUUCUGGUGCUUUUCAAACCAGCCCCAAGUGGACACUUGAGGAACUGCAGAUUUUAGCAUCUAGCACUUAACACAUUGGCUUGCUAGAGCUUGCCACUUUAGUCAAACCCUAAUCUUGGGUCUCACUCAAAUCCCUUUUCUCUCACACUGCCCCCUACUGUUCAUGGGCAUACUGCAUUUUGCAAAUGCUUCAGCUUUACACCCAUUUUUUUACAUCAUGCACAAUCAGAUGUAGUGUACAGAUACAAACCAUCAUGCAGAUGAUAAUACUUAAUAUAAGGCGAGUUUAUCUUGACGAAGAGAGGUGGCAAUCCGAAGCAAGAAUGACCUUCCUAACAAAUGCAUCAUGGUUCAAAGAUCUUGAUUUGAGUUCCCCAUGAAACACAGGAAGUGUUUGAGUCCUUUUUUUCCUUGUGUCUUGUAUUAAUUAUCACUAAUGCGACAGUUUUUGCCAGUGCAAGUCAGGAGACGGAUUAAUUUGCAUGUCCGAGUGACUGAGCAUCUCUAAAAUCCCAGAUAAUUCUCUCGUUAAGAACGUCGCUCUUUCUUUCCUGCUCCAGCGUUGACAUCACGUCAUCAUCGACCACAUCUCAGGUUUCUUCGGUAACCCAAACAGAUCCGGAGACGUCUUUAUUGACAGCCGCUUCCCUUGUUAAAGCAGAAAAAAAAUUUAAAAAAUGGAGCCACUCGAAGGUUUGGGGACGGGAUUAAAAAUGGAGACAUCAUCUCCUUGUGCCAGAGUCAGAUAGAUUUUGACAGGAAAUGGCUACAAGGCAGCGAGCGCGGGUCAGAUCGACAACAGUGUCAGGCUCGAUAAUGAAGUGUUGAAAAAAUCCAGUCAGGCAGUCCAGUCGGAUUAUCAGGCUGGGUUCAACACGCUCCACCAUCGUCGUGUCCUGUGUUUUGGAUCUUCAUCUUGACUGACUGACUGGUUUAGUUUGAUGUUAACUUUUAGGAGUGUUCUUGGAGGGAGUCUGAGAAUUAACAAUGUGAACAUCGACAACUGAUGAGACUUUAAAACGUCUACGAUUAUAGCCAAAUACAGAACGGUAAAGGCUGCAGAAGAAACUGAGAAAGUGGGUUCAUGUGUGACUGUUGGCUGCAGACACUGAGCUUCAAAGCUUGUGCGUGCAUAAUAGAAAAUAAAGGUGUUUAACUCAUGCAAUACUUCAGCUCUUAUGGGGUGUUUUCAUAGGAUGGAGAAGGGAUGAAACAGUCGUGGAUGACCAAGGUGCAUGUAGCUGCAGACUGAUUAAAGUGGUCCAGCUGACCCCUGUCCACCACAAACAGCUCCUACAAUAGACACACGAGUCCCAGAACUGUACCGUAGAGCGAUGGUGAAGGUGGCUUGUAGGGUUGGGCAACAUUUUAAUUUUGAACGAAUACGGUUCCAAAUCCGAUUCCAAUUCCUCGCUUCGAUUCCGGUUCCCAACGGUUCUCCAUUUCGGUUCUUUUAAAAGGCAGGAUAUAAGAAUUAAUUAUUAAAAAUUAAUGGUUUAAAUGAGGGCGCUAACCAGAGUUCUUCUUUUUGGAUGAAAUCUCUGAACUUCUCCAUGAAUUUUUAAGAACUUUACUAUGAAUUUCUCUCAGGGUUAUUUUCAAACAGAAUAUAAAUAUCAGUUUUUGUCAUCAGAUCAUUUGUCUGUGAAAAAGUACACGGGCUAACGUUAGUUGGAUAUUUAAGUUGACCCACCGUACACGGUACAAUUUGUUUGCCGCUUUAAUGUUCGCAGAAGACAGAAGUCAUUUAUUGUUUGACUUUUCUGAUUCUGGCUGGUUAGCAGAAGACCGGCGAAACGUGUCAGAGACAGAGUGCUCGGGUAUUUCUCCUCCAUGAAUCCUGAGGUGUUUAAUCAUGUCGGUCGUUCACCCUCCUUUACAUGAUAUAACUGUGUUGCUAAUGUUGCACUGAGAUAAGAGUUCAUUCUUCCUGAUAAAAUUAGACAAACUUUUGACCGCCACUACGGCACUCUCUCUACAUCUCUCUUCUCUCUCUGUGUGGCUUUGUCUCAUACGCUUCAUCCUUGUUGGUGUUCAGCAGGUAUUUCUUCCGACAUCAAAACUUGGAAUCGAAAUUUUAAAAUUAGAACGGUUCUGGGAGAAUGUUAGUCCCGGUCCCCAUCGAUGCACGAGACUCGAUGCUCAACCCUAGUGGCUUGGUCCCUAAACUUCCAACCAGGCAGUUUCCAAAAACUUAAUCUGCCUGUUUUAACUCUCUGGGUGUCUUCCUUCAGGUCCUCUGAUCACAUCUAUGCCUCUAUUGUUGUUUUUUUCACCUGUUUCUCUCUGUUUCGUCUCUUUUCAGGCUGGAAGUUGAAUCCAGUGGUCAGCGCUGUCUACAGCCCCGAGUUCUAUGCAGGUAGGACGACUCGCCCUUCUCCAUCUGUCACCAUCUCCAUUGUCCUUAUCUUCCUCCUCCUCCAAUCCUUUUGUUCUUCACUUUCUUCGACAUCUUCAUUUUCUCCCAACCCCCACUUUUCCGUAACCUCUGUCACCCCUCCCUCCUCUGCUUUCUCUCUGAGCAACAUGCAACCAGGCAGAGUCUGUUUUUAGCCUCAGAACUCUGCUGAGUCGCUCGAACGCGGCGUCAGGCUGUCAGAUCUGCUGAAAAACAAACAUCCCGCAACACAAGAGACAUCUUCAAUCUCGCCAGAUCUCACCCCUGCCUCCCCCUAACCGUCACCCAUUCCCCGCCCUGUCAUUAACCGUGGCCAUUAAGGUGAAAAAUACCUGGAUUUUGAGAUAAGAGACAGAUAAAGAGUGUGACAGAGGAGAGAAGGAGUGAAGGAAAGUGGAGGACAGGAGAGAAGGAAAUCUAAUUGUCCAUUUCUGCAAGGGCAUUAAAAGGUAUGAAACAUAUUUUGUAAAUUAAAAUCAAUAUUUUCAAUUUCUCCAGACAGUCGUUUACCUAAUUCACCCCCACAUUAUUUUAAUUACAGAAUGGUUUUCUAUUGAUUUACCUUUGUUUCACCUUUCAAGUACCCAAACCGCUAUGUGUGUUCGGAGUGUUUAUGAGGAGUCGCCGGCGUCUUCGGGCCUCGUCUUCUUCAUUAGUAAUUAGCGCUGUUAUGAUUUUAUCAGGUCAUAACUGCGGACCUUCAGGGUGGAGGCCGGGAACAUUUCUUAGGGUUAAUUAGUUCUGAUUUUUUUAAGAAGCAGAGAGGAUUAAGAAGAAGAAGAAGAAGAAGAAGAAGACACAAAACUCUACAGUAAUUAACAAACAAAAGAGUUUAGAUGAAUUUUAUUAACUCUACGAUCAAAACGUCAUGAUUAUUUCAACUUGGAAACGCAGAAAUGUCCAAUUAGAGGAGUGGGAACUGUUGAUUGUGUAAAUUAUGUUUAUACUUCUUCAUGUGUUGCUUUUUAGAGUCCAAUCAUUGCUUUUUAGUUUAGUUUACAGUAGUUUCCUGUGAGCUGGAGAGAUAGACGAGGGCUUGAAGACCGCUUACAUCCACAAAAGUACAGUUUUGUUGGAGUAUACAUAAUUUUGUCAAUAGAGAGGCACUUUCAACCAAAACCUUCGUAGAAACUCCCCAUCUAGGGUGACUUUUAAUACUAUUUCAGUGUGGAGUUCCUCAGGGCUCCAUUCUUGGUCCUCUUCUAUUUAACAUAUAUCUAUGCAGACGACACACAGAUCUAUACCAGGACACUGGACCUUAGAGGAGGAGCUGGGGAUCAGAAGUCAGGGUGUGCUCCCGGACUAAGACCUGAAAUUUACAAACCACAUUGAGACGCUCACAAAGCCAUCCUAUAAUCACCGAAGAAAAUUUUAUAAUAAUAAUAACUUUAUUUAUUUUUAAAAACAAGAGUUUACAAAGUGCUUUAACAUGCAGGAAAACAAAGAAGAUAAAACAACAGAACAACAACAAGAGCCUAAACAAGACUAAAACCCAGACUACAUGUCCUGAUGUGACACUGUUGGCAAUAAAGAAAUAAGAUAAAAUAUAAUAAAAAUGAAUGUCACAUGAGCUGAGACGUCAUUAAAAUGAAGAUAUUAAAACAAAGACAUCAUAAGAACGUGUGAUACCGGGUCAACACAGGAACCCAACCACAAAAACCUGAGACCAAGGAGACGAUUAUAAAACAUGAAUAAGAAGAAUAAAGGUUUUAAGACGACAAAAUCACAUAAAAGCAAGUCUAUAAAAAUGACUUUUAAGAAGUGAUUUAAAAGUAGCAAAGAUUGACAAACUUAAAAAACUGGUCUAAGCUCUUAUUUUUGACUUGACCACUUGGAUAGUUCAUGUGUUUACACAGUGAAGCUCGAUCAGGCCCUUUAACUGGACGUUUGUCCUUUUCCAAAUGUAAAGAAACCAAGUAAGAAUCAAGACCUCUACGAUACGCCUCCUUUCAGCUGUUAAAUGUUGGACUUCUCCGGUUUACCCGAUAAAUCUUUAACCAAAACAAUCGACAAACAAGUUAGCAAGACGCUAACUGGUCGUUUACUCUCACAGCUCCUUAUCUUUUGUUCUUAUCAGGCCGAUUCACGACAAAUGUGGACUGUACUGUAUGUGACAAAAGCCCAACAUCAAGAUAAGAUAGAGUUUAAUCAUUUAGAUCAGGCCCGCUCUAAUCUCCUCCUAAUCCACCUGACUUCAGGAAAUUAAUCAUGGUGCGUUUUCAGAGUUUUUCAAGUCCAACUUUAUUUACUGAGUGUCUGUUUUUAAACAAAUCAAUCAGCUGAUUCAUACGUCCUCACUAUGACCAAGAAAGUGGACCACAUCAGUCCAGGUCUGAGGUCUUUACAGCGGCUCCUUGUGUGUCAGAAAAUAGAUGUUAAAGCACUGCUGCUGUUUUAUAACAGACGGACGAUGUUGUAAAGUCUGCGUUCAUUUUUAGAUCAUCUAUAGUUCAGAACAAAACUGCAGAUUUUUGAUUUAUAUUUGGGGAAAUAAAAGCUCAAUAAAGAGACGGAGAUACAACCAGACGCUCUAAAGCUCGACGAAAGUCCUUUUCAAAGUCCUCGGGAGUUCUCCCUCCUCUUCAGAUCACCUGUAUCUCCAUCAGAUCAGAGUCAGUGCUGAGGAGAGUCAUCAGACCGACUCGGAGGUCUGCCCGGCCGCUCACUCCUAAAAUCAAGGUGACAAAAGAUGAAUAGGAACAAUUACCGGCCUCACUCCUCUCCUUGUCUCUCUUUGAGAAACUCUUAUCCUUUGGCUCAAACCUUCCAUUUUUCAUCAGGUCAAUGAAUGAUUCACUGUUUCUAUUAGCAUUUUAUUAGAUCUCCUUUUUGAAGAGAUGUAUAAUUAGGGCUGGAAAUGGCACCUCGAUCUCCUUCUCAACCUUCACUCACCCUCGCUCUCAAAUUAAGCUUUGUGUCAGUCGUCCCCAUUAAGAUUAAUGAUAAGUUAAUAACAAAAGCACUGCAAUAGCUCACUCCACUCCCACUCUCUCUCUCUCUCUCUCUCUUUAGUCUCUUUCUCUUCACAUGAAACUGGAACACUUCACACAUUCUCUCCGGCAAUCAAAAGCUAAUGUCAAAUACAGGUGUCCGGCUUUAUGCACUCCACUCUACUUCAGCGCUCUGCCGGUUUAGUCUCGGGAACACCAGGCAGAGAUGAACUUAAAGGUGGAGUAGGCAGGAUUCUGUUAGAGAGGCAGCUUAUUGUGUGGUGUAUAAACAAAAAAGGGUUUAAUAUCAGUCAAUAGAUAUUAGUUAAUGAUGACAUUUGGUAAUAUAACGAUAUCCCUUUGUUCUCUUAUGUCUGUGUGGUCAACAUUUUAAAUUUUUCUGUCUGACUGUAAACAAAGCUGUUCUCCACCUCCCCCAACCUGAUUGGCUGUGAGGCAGACGCUGCUCCCUCCUCUUGUGAGGCACGCUCCACAUCCUCCAAUAACGUUUAGGAGCCCAAACAAAGUUAGCGUGCUACAAUAUCGAACAGUAGAAACCAACCAGAAAGUUCGGAAAACACAAACAAGAAAACAAAGUAAAUACCGGAGACUCUGGAGGAAUAACGGGCGCUUAAAAAGGAGAUAGACCGGACAAGAGCUGGGGGACGCUUUGGGAUCUUCGUGGCCCUGUAACCGCUUUAACAAAGUAAGCCAAGUGUCUGUUACUCGCUAAACCCACAGGAUCCAGAACGGCUCCGCUCUGUUCCUGACUGGCAGGCGAAUCAGAUCCGCGAGCCUAGAGUGCCCACCGGAUCCGAUCCGCUGCCGCCGUCAGAGGAGAAGCGCUCGUGAGAUUAACGACAUUUCUUGCGAGACUGGCCGAGAUCUCACGAGCUGUCAUGGGUUUUCUAGGGAGUCUUAGAAUGAGAUCCGCCGAUCGGUGUACAUAAAUACCCACAUCCCACAACCCUAACCUCUCCUAUUAUCAAGUUAAGAACAUUUCAAGUAUUGACUUUAUUUUAUUGUGAAAAUUAACCGAGUAUUUUACUCUGUUACCAAGUACAACUUCCGCUGCUGCUCAUGCUGCGCUGCACUGAAUUGAUGCGCCGUGCUCUGGCAUCCGACAAAAAUGGAUGCCCUGCGUAUCUGAUCCGGCCACCAAAGCCGAUCUGCAGCAGAGCCAAACGCCGGACAGAUUCUGUGUAUUCAAACGGACCUGCUGUAGCGUGUUGUAGCGCCAUCGCUAAACUGUCCUCCCUCGGGUCCUGGACUAUGUCACUUUAUCCUCGUUGUAGAAGUCCUGCAAACAUUGUGUUUGCUGGUAGUCUGUUGGCAUCUACAGUAGCACCAAUGCUUUUGACUUUCACCUUGACUGGGCCCCAUUUGUAAUGAUCUGAAGUAUUUAUCUGCAUUAUAUCUGAAUUUAAUUGGAACGAUACGAGCGAGCAGGAGCGUCUGUUUGUGGGCGGGGCUUGUUGGAGAGGAGAAGCUGAGGGGAAAACUGGUUGGGAGGGGUAGAGUUUACAUUUAAGAUUUCUCCUAAAAACUGGAACUAACUCAGAUCCUGCCUACCCCACCUUUAAUAAAGCUUUAUUUGCACAAUAUUCCCCAAAAACAAGUGUAACCUGCUUAGUGUGAGUUUUAGACGCUCAGUCGUUCUUCCUGAUGACCCUUCACUUCCUGUCCUGUGUCUCCAGUUCCAGGUUUUCCAUACCCAGCAGCCAGUGCAGCAGCAGCGUACAGAGGAACCCACCUACGAGGUCGAGGACGGACCGUCUACAACACGUUCAGGGCAGCCGCCCCGCCGCCCCACAUCCCGGCGUACGGAGGGUGAGCUCCACAUCUUCUUCUUCUUCUUCUCUCCUCCUUUAAACACGGUCCUGAAUCUGUGCGCUCAGGUAGCGGAGUGCUGCAUGCCGGCCUCACCUCACAGCGAUAACACACUCCUCACCCCCACAGCAUGCUCGACCAAUCAGAAGGCAUGCUCCGUGACAUGUGCCUCUGCAAUGACUCAUGGGAAAUGACCGUCAAUCUGGCCUUGUACUGUGGUGUCACUGAGCGGGGCUGUGUUCAUGGUGGGAUGGGAGGUCCUCCACGAAAAACUAGAACUGGGAUCAAACCAGGACCCAGAAAUUAAUGAACAGUGAAGCAAAAACAGGAAGAUCAGGAGGUUAUUUUAGAAGAUCAUCUGAACUGAUCGCAAAUGAACGAGAAACUUAGCUUGUUUCAUGAGACAGGAGCAGUAGAGCUGCGUUCAUUUCUAACAUGCCGAUCAUUUUAAACUUGCAUCUCUUUGUCCUGCCGUCAGCUGCAGGAGAACGACAAAUCUCAAAUUUGAGGAAAUGUGCAAACUUGUGGAAAAAUCUGCAUUAACAUUUCAUGAUGUAAAAAAAUUUCAUUUUUUUUCUCUGUAAUAAUCAGAGUUUUUAAAAACACAUCAUCCUCUCUGCAGAGGAAGUGUCCGGCCCUCUUCCUCCGUGUCAGCGUGUUACUUACUGACGCCAAAAAAACACACCAUCCAUCCAGCCGGAGCGGCGGCAGUCGUGUGGGUACUUUCUGUUCGAGUGGUGAAUAUUAUCUUGACCCUUUAAGAGCGAAGUCGCUGUUAGUAUCUCCGGCAGCAGAGAGCCAAUCAGGCGGGGUGAGGAGGGUGUUUGGGCGCCACUCCUGCGUGGUCCUGUCAGAGAGAUUUGUGCCACAGAUUGUACUUUCAUUAACGCUGCUGUGGCGUUUAAUUGCCCCGGUGGCAGUCUGAUGGUGAAUUAUUAAUGUUGGUCCUGAUGUAUUUUUAUUAAAACUGUCUCGAGUGGUGACGAGCCAACUUUAAAAUAAGUCUGUGUGUGUGUGAGUGUGUGUGUGUGUGUUCAUAUAACUCCCCUCCUCAUGUGUGUGUCGGCGGUCUAUAGUAUCAAUAAGUCUAAAUGUUCACUUAGCUUUGCUGCAGUCCCUCAGAGAACCUUUUAAUGAAUCAAACUGCUCUCUGGGCCAGCGUGACAUUUGAGGAGAUAUUGAUUAUCAGAGAUAACACAGACGGUGUGAAGUCGGUCUAUUGGCAGGUGAAAUUGAAGCUCGGCCCUCUGCGGAGCUCUUCCUGUUAAAUGGAACUCCAUCCUGCUCGUUUUUAUUGGACGCCAGAUAAGGAAUGCUUAUCUUUCUCACGUGCACAAACAUGCAUGCAGUGUGCACGGAGAGGGAGAUGUUUGAUCUCUGCAUGAAAUCUCAUGAAUCUCUUUUUAAUCUCCUAUGAAAGGCCUGUGUGUCCGCGGUCAUACAGGGCUUUCAUAUCUGUAGACAAGGAAACUCUCAGCAGAUCAGAGUCGUGCACGGAUUCGUAACCCUUUAAAAUAAGAACAAGAACUGAACAUCGAAGCAAGAGAACAAAGUUUAGGACAAAAGACACAAACUGAAGAAGAAGAAAAAUGACCUGAAGUUUGAAUUAAAGCUUUAAAAAGCGUCAAAGAGGUCCUCACUUUGGUGCACAGAUAAAAACAGACGUAAACCUGCAGUGAAGACGAGUCGAAGCUUUAACCUCCUGGACUCCUGUCAGUCAAACUAGCCACACCCCCUUUUAUGCCAGUUCUGCCGUAAAGCACCUUUAUUAAAGGGUUUAAUGGGUUUAUUGAGGGUUAGAGACAGCCUCAAGUGGACACUCGAGGAACUGCAGUUUCAAGGCUGAAAAACUGCAGGUCAGAUAAAGCUGAUAAAAAUUACUAUUUAUGUAUUAUUUGUUACCGAAGCGUAUUGCAUUCACUCACAAAAAAAAAGCUAACAGUUUUUUUGUUUUUUGUUUUUUUUAUUUUUGUUGUUGUUUUUUUUCUUUCCUUUUUUUUUUUAACAAUUUUUUUCUUCUUUUUUUAUAUACGAAUAUUUUUUUCCUCUCUUUCUGUUUUCAAAAAUUUUAUUCUGUUUUUUAAACGGUUUUAUUUUUUUUCGUCUUUCUGUUUUUCAGACUGAUUUUUUUCGGACAAGUUUUUAUUCUGUUUUUUAAAUUUUUUUAUUUUUUUUUUUGGCUUUCUGUUUUUCAGACUAUUUUUUAUUCUCUUGUUUUUCUGAUGAUUUUUUUUAUUCUGUUUUUUUGUAAUAAUGUUUUUCCCCUCUUUCUGUUUUUUGGGAAAAAAAAUUAUUCUGUUUUUCAUACUAUUUUUUUUCCAUCUUUCUUUUUUUCUGACUAUUUUUUUGAGAAGAUGAAAAACAAUUACCCUGAAAAACAGAGAAGAAACAAAAAUUCGGGGAAAAAAAAUAAUUAAGAAACAGAUUUUUUUUAUAUAUAUUUUCCAAAUGUUUGAAACCUUUAAUCCUCAUGAAGUUCAGAUAUUUAGAUGCAGAGAAUAUCAGCCCCCUGUGAGGACGCUCUAACCGGUCGUGAGUCAGAUUUAAAUUAAAGACGAUGUCGCUCUGUGACCGAUGGAGGCAAACAAGACCAUCAGCAACAAACCUGACAAUUUCUUUAUCGAAGCUGUUAUUGACAAAAGCGCUGUGAGGAAGAGGAGGUGUCAGACGAGGCGGUUAACAUCACGCUGGAGACACGUUUGACUGUCAGAAGGGAAAUAAAAAAAGUUAUACGAACUGAGCGUUCCUCACAGAAGAGUUAAACAUGUGCAGUAACAGGCUGCAGGUGAGGGAGCUGGAAAAGUCGCUGUAACUUGAUUUAUACAAACACACAAACAGCAUCAUAACUCCCAUGAUUGGAUGUCGAGCUGCAGAAUAUUUCACAUGAUAGCAGUGAGAGUGUUUUUGGACCUUCCCAGCCUCCUUACUCAGCCGUUAGCGAGCAGAGAGGCCGCCUGCUGAGUCUCCUCUCUGCCCUCUCCGUCUCCUGAUUGUGCAGACGGGUUGUUGUUAGCUCGGUGCCUGCAUGUCAACAUGCACUAAUCUGGAUGUUUUUGUUUUAUUGUGUGUCUGUUUGUCUGUUUGUUUGUUUGUUUGUUUGUGUUUGCAUCCUCUGCAGUGUUGUUUACCAGGAUGGAUUUUAUGGUGCAGAUAUUUAUGUAAGUAUUAUUUACUGGAAUGACAUUGCAUGCCACACCGCCAUCUCUCUGGUUUCUGCACUGAUGCUGCGAACAUGCAAGACCCUCCCCUCCUCCUCCUCCUCCUCCUCCUCCUGUCCCUGACACACUCAUACAUGACUACACAGCCUCCAGCAAAGAUGGCCGCCAUAAACACAGAGAGCUGCACUCAAACCAGGAGACACAGAAAGGUGCAACAACGAGGCGAAAUGCCAAGAUUCUGAGUCGACUCGUGACUGAAUCGACGCUCAAAACUCGUCAUUUAUACUUUUAAUCUGCUGAAUAUCAACGAUCUUUAAAAAGUUAAACUCUUUCUAAGCACACGGAGAGAAGAAACUUUAUUUAUUGAUGCAUUUUCAAACAGAAGAAGAGGCACGCUUCAGGCGAACGGCUUCAGGGUAAAACUGGUAAAAAAUGAGAAUAAAGAUGUCAGAACUCGCUCUGUUUUAUUUCCACAGAGUCGUAACUCUCACUGAAGUUACCAGGACGCUUUUGAACUCGACUUUUGAUGCAUUCAAGACAAAAACAAACUUGAAUUUAUGUUUUUCUCUCAUAGCUGCUCUGCAAAGAAAACACGCACAUGUGGCUCAUUAUUGAUGACAGCUGUGCAGCUUUUAUAAACUGAUAUACAACUUUAAAACGACAAAAGAGGGUAAGAUUUCAUUAAAGAUAUGAGUGAGAGUGAUCAGGUGAAGUCAGCGCUUAUUUCUGGAUGUUUUUAUGCAGCUGCUCAGCAUCUUUAAAAGCAACACCAUAAAAAUAUGUUGAUGCAGGAUCAUAUUUUGCAUUUCUUGAGGUUUUAACUCAUAAAAAUUCCCCCAAAAAUAAUAAGAUAGCUGCAGUUAGAUUGAAAUAAAAAGAUAAUGGUGUCGGUUUUACAAACCCAUGAAGUUCCAUUUAUCUUCUGCACUCAGGGUGUUAUAUUGAGCACGCAAGAAAACCUUUAUUUUGCACCAAAAUUGUAUUUAAUGGCGAGUGCAAUCAUUCAGAUUCAGAUUCAGAUUCAGAUUCAGAUUCAGAUUCAGAUUCAGACGACUUUAUUAAGGGCAAUACCGGACAUUCACAGCAGCAUACGGCCCAAACAUUUCCCUGUCAGCACCACAAAUCAGCAAUAACUCGAUAAUAAAUACUAAAUACAUGUGCAAUACAUUCAACAGUGGAAUGAGUAAAAUGCAAAAGAUUAUAAUGCGAUAAAAAGGGUCAAAUAAGAACUACAACAAUCCUGAGACCCCAAAAAAAUCCAACACAGGACACCAAUCCACUACAGCCUGAUCGCUGAGGGGAUACAUGAGUUAGAGUACCUAUAUGUUUUUCUAGGGGGGUCAUAGUAGCGCCUUCCAGAGGGCAGAAGAGAAAAGUCUGAGAAGAGGAUGUGUCCGGGCUGGUCCAUGAUUCCUCUCUGGACCACAGAGCUCAGUUCUAUCAGCCGUACUCUGGCAAUUUUGGAGCAGACUUUUACGAUGAAACUGCUGCAUUUGCACCUUUAUAUCCAAAGUGUGAACUAGAUGACUUAAAACUAUGAGGUAUCAGCUGUAAACGUUUGAUAAUUGACUUGUAGGAGAUAUAAACUACUGCACAAGAUCAUACACCUUUGUGCAAAAGGACAAUAACAACCUAAUGUGAGCAAGAUAACUUUUAAACAUGAUUUAAAAACUGAAGAUAAAUAAAAUUUAGAUAAAAUGAUCAUCUUAUCGAGUCUCUUUUUUGGCUUCAUUGAACCGUCGCUGCAGGAAUGACUAAUGAGGUGAACCUGUGAGGUCAAGUUUCAAAGUGUCUUUGGAGGUGAAAACAGGCGAACGUCAAAUUUUAGCUUUACAGCGUUUUCCUGCACCGUGGUAAACAAAAAAAACCUGUGCACACACACGAGAGAGGACUCAGGAAAACAGACUAAUGAUGCAGUGUGUGUUUGUGUGUGUGCAUGCAUGUGUGAGUCCAGGAGACGCUCAGGUAACUCCCUUAACAGUCAACCUGCUUACCUCCCAUUAGCCUCUGUGCUCCGACACCAGGGAGCGAGUGGAGGACAGCUGCAGCCUGAAUGUUCAAUCCUCAUUGUCAGACAGAGACGAAAACCUCGGCUGGUGGAUUCAUGUCGUCACUAAAGAUCCACUAGAUAUUUUAAAUAGAUUAUAUAAAUAUAUUUAUGUAUAUUCAGUGAUUUUACGUCACUUUAAACAGAUGAACUCGGUCUUUUAGAGAGCGGGAGUCAAAGUCUGCAGCGUCUGACGGAGGAGACGGAUGGACAGACUCCGCCUCUCUCUCCUUCACUGAAUCAGUGAACGUGAUGGAUGGUAAUGUGUGUGUGAGAGUGUGAGGAGUGGCUGAACCUUGACCACAUGCACACACACACACACCUUAUCCUCCAUUACACACACACACACACACAGUCAUUAGUCACUCAGUCAGCGCUGACAGUCCACAGAAGCUUCCCGUCCCGCCCAUCAUCACACACACUCAGCAUCACUUCCUCCGAUCCUUUCUUCUGAGAGGUAAUAAUACAUCAAUCAUGUCCACACACACACACACACACACACACACAGACACACACACCUGCACAGUAUGAGGGAACCCUCAUGUGUGUUACAGAGCUGAGGAGUUCAUAUCUGUUUGGACCGUUUGUGUAAUUUGCAGACGGUCCCUGCACACUGGAGGACUCCCUUCAGAGGAAACUAAAUCAGAGGCGGUGUUACAGAUGGUGGAGGACUCUUUUUUUAAAGACAGGUGGUGCAGUUUGUGUUUGAAGGAAGGCUUUCACCACCUGACGCUGCUGCCCACACGGUUCUCUGAAAAACUGAUGAAUUCAAGCUCGGCCUGUUUCUGUACGAGUGUUUGACACAGAGAGUAAAUGAGUCUUCACAGGUGACUUCUUAUAUCUUUAAUAUUUUAGGAGGAUUAAUCAGUGUAGAUGACAAAAUCUGUGCAACAUAAAAAUCUGUCUGAGAGGAAUGUGAACAAAAACAAAACGAAACAUGACCGCACAAUAAAAUAAGAGUCAGGAUAAAACAGACUGAACGUCUAAACUUCACGUUAACUCACCUCCAACUUUAGUGAUGAUAUUAUAAACACAAGAAUCACAAGAACAGGGUCUAAAGUGACAAAAAAAGAGCGUCAAAAAUCUGGUUUUAAAGCUGCAGGUCAGUGAUCAAUGAGCUUUAUUCGCAGAGUUUGGGGUGAAAAUGUGUCGAUAAAUAACUGAUCUGAAUUUAGUUUUUAAGCACUAAAAACUCGUCUAAUCCUGUGAACAUCUGCACCAACUUUUAGAGCUGAUUGCACCUCUUCACUUCUGCUGCAGAUAGAAGUUUGCAGACGUUCGUCUUGUGUUUUGGUGACUUUGGUUGCGUGUUGUCCACAAACUUCGACUGAGACAGAACACGGUAUUUCUCUAACGAACAAAUCCAAACUGUAGAAAAUAACAAAAGUGCAGCUUCUGUGUUUGCUCUCUUCAAAAACAGCUGCUUGUGUCCGUAUUUGUGAAAACAUGAACACAUGAAUCUCCUUCGCUUGCUUCCUGUCCUCGUGUGUUUGUGUGUUUGCAUGUUUGCAUGUUUUCAGUGUAACACCUGGAGGAAAAUACACUUUAUUCUCUGUUCUCUGUCUUCUAUUCAGACGUUGAGGCGCCUGAUUUGAGCUCAUUUAUUUGACGUUUCCUUGUUUUUACGUCACGGCGCUCUGAUCUUAAACACUCGUCUUCGUCUUCCUGAACGCCAACCUCCUCCCCCUCCUCGAUUACCUUAUUAUCAAACUGACCUGAGAUCAGCCGGUCAGCUCCCAGCGAGCCUCGGCUUCAUGCAGGGGAUUCUGGGAGAUAAUUGGUUUAUUUCUGCAGGUCUGACGCUAACGUAGGGAACACUGAGGUCACGCUCGUAUUGUGUUUUUAACAAUCAGCUUUUUGAAUGAAAUAACAUGUUAGAUUAUCACCAUGACUUUAGAUAAUAAUGUCGUUUGUGGUUUUGAAUCAGAGUCGACGUCUGAAAUCUCUGGACUGAUCGAUGAGCUGCACGUUUAGAAACAUUUCCCACAGAUUCGUGCAUCUCUGGACCUUUUUGUUCACUUUUUGUUGCUUUUGCAUGAAAUAUCUGUGUUUGUGGAUUUGCUCAUGCUUUGCUUUCCAUUGAUUUAUCAUCCUGCAUGUUGAUUCUGCAUCUACUUUGGGAAACCGAACGCUAAAAAUACCGAGCAUUUACGCUGCCAAGCUUGAAAAUCAAUGUGGACCCAUCUCAGUGUUUAAAUACCAGAAUUAUAAACCUGUUUUCAUCCAAACUGACGCUCUAAACUCAUCUUUUUUCGCAGGGUGGUUACGCUGCCUACAGAUAUGCCCAGCCUACUGCUGCCACAGCUGCUGCAUACAGUGACAGGUGAGACAUGAACCCACUCUGCUGCAUCAGAGGAACCACAGACUAUAAAUGACAUGCAGACAGUCAAGUAAAACAUGCAUCAUCCAAUCAGUGCUGCGCUGAGUCUUACGGCGUUCAUUAAAGGUCAGUAACCUGCAGAGAGGAGUAUGAGACCGUCAGGAUUCCUGAUUUAUUUUCAGGUUAAAACUCAAAAUCCUCAAACUGUUUAGGAGAUAAACCAGUCACACUAUUUUCUCUCACAAAAAUUGUAAUUACGCCUCGCCGGUGGUGGAUUUAAAGGUGAGGAGAGGAGCUGAUAUGAUGGCGAAAACAGGUCUCGGCUGUGUUAAAUACACUCCACGCCUUCUCUCCUCCCUCUCUACGACUUACACCGCUGGGAGGAGCUGAGUUAGGGAGGGGGGAUACUUACCCCGGGCUGUGCUGCUCACCAAAAUACCAAAAUGUGCUUGGGAACGCCUUAUCGGCGCAGCGGACUUACACUGCGCUUGCGCCAUGCUGCCGGCGAGGCACAAAAAUAGAGCCCUUUGAAUCUGGAGUUUUCUGACAAAUACAGACACCGUGAUGAGACGUUUCGGAGUUUUGUUUCGUAUUUUCAGCCCUUUACUCCUCAGCUUGUCUCACAUCUUAUUGGACACAGUUUUUAACCUCUUAAACUGCUUAAUUGUUGGGUUUUUUUGUCCUAAAGCAUUUUUUAUUGUUUGAAUUGUCGGAUUUUAAUGGUGUGGGUGUUUCGCAGAGUUGGUAGAGUGCACACACUUCUCUCCAGAUCGACUCAAAACUUCUGCAGGUUUUUCUUUAAAAUAUUUUGCAUUCGUCUGUCCUGCUCCAAAAAGACUCAGUGAGGGAUUAGUUGUUUGAGGUAUUUCCUUCAAACUGGUGGAAAAACUGAGAGCAGAUGCCCCUGGUGUGGACUCUGAUCCAACUCCAAAUGAAAGCACCUGCCUCUGCUGCUGCUGUUCGCCAACAGACGGUUUCAGGUGUUAAUGCAUCAGGUGGGUUUUCUGCUCUCGGUCAGUCACUUAAUGAAGCUUCAAACGACCCUGAACAAAGACGGUGUGUGUGUGUGUGUGUGUGGACGUGUCCCUGCAGUCAGGUGUGUGUGUUUGAUGACCCGCUGGUGUACCUGUGCAGCCUCAGUGUGCGUCUGUUCGGGGACACUCGGGCAGCAUGUGGGUCGUGUUCGCACAGCGAGGGUCACAGACAGAAACGCCAACAGCUGCUUUCAUCAGACUCGGAGCGGUUAAUGUGACGAACGGGACAAACACAGAGCUCAGAGCUUUUUAGACGGAGUGUUAUCACAAAGAGAUCGUGUUUUAGUCGUGCAUGAGUAUAUAUGAACUGUUAAAAUGAUCAUCUUUGGUUUAAGAUGAUCUAUGAAGGAGUCCAGGUUUUACUCGAGGAUUGCAACCUUUGCACGAUGCACAAGUCUGCAGGAUGUAAGACGACUUCAGGGAACAGGAUUUUGUGCAUUUUCUCUUUUUUGUGUUUUAAUCCUUAUGCUGUGACCUGAUCUGACCUGGCUCAAACGAUCCCUAUUAAAUUAAUAAACUUGCAGAAACUCGUGCAAAAACCAGAAACAAAUACAAUAAGAUAAACACACACCAAAUAAAAGAGCGUGCUGCAAAAACAGAAACAAAUGCAUAAAAAACUGCUAUUUUUUUGCAAUUAUUGCCUCAAUUUCUAUUGUUUUUACUUAUAAUUUGUUUUGUUUUUGUUAGUUUCAAUUUCCUGCAAAGCAAAGUUAGCAUGCAACUGACUGAAACAGAAUUGAAUUGAACUAAAUGUGCAAAUCUAAGAAUGCACAAAAGCUGAAACUCCUGAUGUGAGCAGAAAUGUUCAGUCCUGUCGGUGUAUGUUAGUUUUAGAGACAGUUUUCUAAUACAAAACUGAAAAAUAAGGAGCUGGUUGAAUUAUGUAUACAUAAAUUAUGUUAAAAUCUUUGACAUGAAAGUGUUCGACUUGUUGAAAAGUAGAAGAGGUGUGAAGAAAAUAAAGAUUAGACACUUUUAAUCUGUUUAUUUUUAUCAGAAUAGAUCAAUAUUGUUCCAGUCCUUCAUCCCUCUGUUGUUAACAUCUUCGUACGCCCAUAGGCUGUAUAUCAAGUGCCAAUCAUAGAAAACAUGAACCCCCUAAUAACUUUUAAAAAUGGAGCUGUACAGAAAAAAAGAGGACUUGAGCACAAACCAGUCUGACAGUAACUACAUGUCAACAUCACAACCAGGGGGAGAAACAUUUAUAUUCUGUGUCAUUAAUUUAUAAAGUUUGUCCACAGCUCCAUAAGGAGGCGGGGUUUAUGACCUAUACUGCAGCCUGUCACCAGAGGGUGCUGUUCUUGUGGAGAGCUUUUCGGCUUUAAAUUCGUAUUCUGGCAGAACCAAGUUGUCCAUAGUUUAUACAGUCUAUGAUUGUUACAGUUAGCAUGUUAGCAUCCUUACGUUAAUAUUUAGCUGGGUGCGACACUGUCUUUUAGCUCAAAGAGAGUGAUGAUUAUUAUUAUCCCGCUAAAACGACUGAGAGAGAGUAUUUCUGUGAUCAGAUCGUCUUUUUUCAGACGAUCAUAAAACAACAUGAAGCUGCAGAGCUGUGCGCGCUGUCGGAGCGACUCUCCCUCUGUGAGUUAUUCACUCUCCCGGAAAACUGUGUGCAUUUGAGCGAAGUGUGAGAGAGCUGUGUCGAGCUGUUAAAAAUGUUGUUUCCAUGUUUAUCUGCUCACCUCAGGGUCACUUUAAAAAUGCAUUUCUCUCAAAUUGCAUUUGAAUUUGUGUCGUAGCUGCAGCUUACCGCACACACACUCACACACACACACACACACACACUCAGGCUGUGUCUCUCACACACUCACACUCUUACACACUCCCCCUCACAGUGAUGAUGGGUUAGGGCUCUGUGCGGGGAGAUAAGAUAGGUCAAACGCGGUGCCGGGCUGAGUGUGGGUGUUGGGGGGCCGCUCGGUGAAUAGCAAUGUCCAAAACUAAUCGGGAUUAACUUCUAAUCGCUUCAACCGCUGGGCCGCUAUGCAAAUCAGCUCAAUUAUGGGCUCCGGCCCCGGCCCCUGAUUGGCUCUUAUCACGAGCAGGCGAGGACAUGCGAGGCGAGGGGAGGGGGGGGCGCUCAGUCCGAUGAACACUGAAUCUGAAGCUGUACAUUUGAUUCCCUAAAAUAGAAACUCAUUGUUAUCUCCUCUUACAUCCUUUUCAUAUUCGCUCCAUCGCUGUGAUUCUUUCAGGUUUUUAUUCUUCUCUUUCUCUAAUUUCCUCCGACUGAUCUGCUGAAUAUUUAUUCUCAGCCCGUCAGAUUAGGGUCUGUGCAUUCGAGAAAGACGCAGAAUCAGAGUAAAUAUUAGGUCUUUAAACACUCUGAACCGAAGUUAUCAGGACUCUAACCACCGGAGCUGCAAAGGAACAAAGAUGGUCCUGAGGAGAGAAUUUCUAACCCCUUUAAAAAAAAACCUCCAGAAUUUUAAUUUCUGUUGAUGUUUACACUUUUAUUUCUUUUUGUUUCACAUUUUUUAACUUUCUAAUCUUUUUAAUCUCACAGAUUUUGCAGUCAGGACCGCUCUAGUCCAAGAAAUAUAGUGUUGAGAGCUCCCUGCUCUUCCAUAAAGUCAGAGGCAGGUAGAGCAUCAGCAGCACAGACACAGAAUAAAAGAGGAGGAUCUGGAGUGGAGGAAGGAUGCAAAGAUGAAUAGUACCCCCAGUUUCCACCGCAUCCUGAACGGCUACGAAAAGGCCAUGUCCGCCGAUCGUAGCUGAUUGCAAGAGUUCUAUUUUUUCUGGACGCCGGAGCAUGCUGGAAAGGAAGUCGGGCACAGACACAAAAUAAAACAUCUGGCUUCUUUUCAAAAUAAAACACUCCGUGUUUCAGGAGGAUCGUAUUUCACACCAUACCAACAAAAGUAAAAGGUUUUUAGACGUCAUUUCACGCCGAUGACACCAUGGAUGAGGAGAUGCUGAUUCUAGAAGUCCAGAAGUAGAUUUCCUCCUCUGGAAGGACACAAUCUACCGCUUUUAUGGUUAGCCUAUGUGGCUAAAGACUGUCCGUAAUCAGCCAUGAAAUUCACCUCACAAACGGAUCCAGUAGGAAUUGGCAGAUGGCGAAAAUUGCCGCCGUUCGGGAUCGGAGCUGUCCUGGAUGCAAUGAAAAUUGGGGGGUAAAGAGGCUAAAAUUGGUUAGAUAAAGAAUCAAACGCCCAUCUGCAUCAAAGGUAAUCAGCUGGCAUUAAGAUCAGCUUUGUGGCCUGCCUGAACUAACACUAACAUUAAACUAACAGGAUGAUUUCUUGCAGACACGUUCAUUUCUCUGCUUUAGUCGAGUAAAUGAUCUGCAUUAAGUGUCGUGUCACUUUGUGUGUUUCCACAGUUACGGACGAGUAUAUGCUGCAGACCCCUACAACCACACACUCACUCCAGCAGCCACAUACAGCGUUGGUGCCAUGGUAAGACCCUCACGCCUCUGUUUUACACUUCUUUUACACAUGCAUGAGCUCCAUCUCUGCGAGUCUCUGCUUUUAUCCAACAUCGUUGUUGCAGAGUCGUUCAAAAGCACCACGAUAAUGACGUCGUGAAUGUUUAAUGUUUGUAUUUCCUGCAUGUAAGGAGCAGUUAAAAACCAAAGCAUGCUUUAUCAUCACUCCUGCAACAUCUGGCGUUGAUAUCUGCGGUCGUAAAUUAUUGUUGUUGUUUAAUCCUGCUGUCUCACUAAAACAGAAAUGCAUAAAUAAACAACCUGCAUGAUGUUAUUUAAAGCAGAACUUAUGUCUGUCCUGUUCCUGUGACACUUGAAUUCAAGAAUAAAAACUGGUACAGAAAUAGGAGACAGGCACGACUUGGAAGACUUUGAACUUGUCUAUUAGCGCACACACUUUAAAUAGUCACAGUUCUAGUUUGAUAUUAAAUUUAACCAGCUCACUCCUCCCCUCCUCCGCUCCCCCUCCUCUAUUCUUCAGCCUGUGCAGCGCUGACAUCUCCUCACUUAAACUUAAUUGAAUUUGUCUGUGCUGCUAACGGCGCUCCAAAUGACACAUUAAUCCAGCCUGUAAAAGGUGAUGAAUGUCUUCAUGCCUUGGCAGCCCAGUCCAUGUUAGUUAUUAUAUUUCUAAUUUGGUGGAUACCGCCUCACCCCGCACUGCCUGGUAAUGAAAUAAUUACUCAUUUUGAUAAUUAAAUCCCCCGUGUUGCUGCAAACGUGGGGGGAGGAGAGAGAGUCAGGAAGGUAAAGGCAGACUGGAGGGGAAGAUAGUGGAGGGUUUGUCGUGGAAAAAAACACCAUCAAGAGCAAACAGGAGUAUAAACCCUGACUCUGAGAGAUAAAUCAACCAGAGUUUACUUAACGUCACACCAAACCUCAUUCAAAAAACAACCAAUUUAAGAGUCUUUUUCUGCCAUUUCACAUCAAGACUUGACAAUUAAAAAAUUCUAACUCUUUAUGAAUCUGGAUCAUUAUUUUGUUAUUUCAGCACCAUUUGCACUCAGUUACAACAACACUAGUGUGUUUGAUACUUUCCUUACAACUGGUUAACCUAAGCUCAGGGAUACUAUGUUCAAAGAUCUAGUUUGAUCAAAUAUUUUAGCAAAGUUUCUAAAUUUUGACAUAAAAUAUCAACAUUUCCAUCAUUUUGACUCCUCAGUCUUUGAUUUCAUUCUGGAUUUUUAAAGGGAUAUUCCGGCGUAAAAUUAAGUUAGGGUCAAACACACCAUAACACAGAGGUUGACACCCCCUUGAGGGAUGAAUGUUGCCGACCGCUUGCUUCUCUAGUUAUACCAACUUUAGUAAUGACCGCACGAUAGCAAUACACAGCGGUCUGAGGAGCCAUAAACAAACCUGAGGCCAGUCCAUUACGGACUGCAGCGGGGUGACGCAGCUCAAGGAAGAACAUUUAUGAUCAUUUCUUUAUCAUUUCCUUGAAGUAAUAAUCACCAUAUUAAUCAUUUCACACUGCAAACGCUGUAGUUCUUCUACCUUAGCGUCUCGGUCUGAUUGUAUUUCCAUGAAGAAAUGAUCAUAAAUGUUCUUCCUUGAGCUGCGACACCCCGCUGUAGUCCAUAGUAUGUUCUGAGUAUUAUUUGUGGCUAUAGAGAGACGUUUUGGUUGAGGUUUGUUUAUGGCUCCUCAGACCGCUCUGUAUUGCUAUCCUGCAGUCGUUACUAAAGUUGGUAUAACUAGAGAAGCAAGCGGUCGGCAACAUUCAUCUCUGGAGGGGGGGGGGUCUAACUCUGUGUUCCAGUGUGUUUGACCCUAAAUUAAUUUUACGCCAGAAUAUCCCUUUAAGCUCAGGGAUAUGAUGUUGAAUUUUGACAUAAAAUAUCAACAUUUCCAUCAUUUUGGCUCCUCGCUCUUUACGUUUUCCAGAUGUCAGGUUUUCUCCAUCACCUCCUUCAUGGUUUUACGUUUUUACUGACUGGCUCUCUUUCACGUAGCGGUCUGCAUGUUCCCCUGGCAUGAAACGUGUCGCUGUGCUUGCUGCAUGAUGGUCUCCCCGGUCUGUUCGCCGACCCCCGUUUACACUGGAACGAUGGUAACGUAAUCCUGAAACUCUGCUCGUAGUUUGCGCAGGACUGAGGAUGCUAAUGUCGUGUAUUUUUGUGUUUCAGAAUGCGUUCGCCCCGCUGACAGACGCCAAAACUCGGAGUCAUGCAGACGAUGUGGGGCUGGUUCUGUCCUCCCUGCAGGCCAGUAUAUACCGGGGGGGAUACAGCCGCUUCGCCCCCUAUUAG